GAAAAUGUUUGGAACUCAGCUCUGCUUCAGAGACUGAACUUUGUCCCUUGGUAGCUACACCAUGGGAUAACUAACAUUUGCCUAUAGCCAGAUGGCUUCAAUUUAUAUUCUCAGGACUCUGGGCUUUCUUGGAAGCAAAUAAGGGGUUUCUUUUGCAAUGGCAGAUAUGUUGCCUGAAUGACAUCUUGGUUGCCAUUAUGAACCUUCCCCUGCAAUGUAUAGCCUCGCGGGAUGAGGGUCAACAUCAAGGCCCGACAGAACAUUUGCUGUAGAAAAUGUGUCAGAAUCCUUUGCGAGGCGCUGACAUUCUUAUGAGGUGGCUCCUCAUAAACCAAUGUGGAGAGGCUUCCCAGAGAGUAGGAGGAUUGGAAAAACACCACUCUGGACAGCAGCAGCAAGGCUAAAGACAGUGAUUAAAAAGGUACCGGGAUAAGUGACAAACAGGGAUUGUCAGGGAUAAGUAAUAAUUAUCCAGGAGGUAUCUGCCGUUUUCCUUUAGAGUAACCUGGGGGACAUAUGGCAGCUACCCAAGAGUAAAACAAAUUUACCUUGUGAUAAAUGCUUUGUACCUAUAAUGUAUUUCCCAGUCCUCAGAUUCAAAGAGCUCCCCCCCUUCAGUCUGGUUGUGCAUUUAGAGAGUGUUUAUUUUUGCAAAAAGCUAUUAUCAACCAGCUGCUCAUAAACUCUCCUCUGCAAUGCAAGAAUCUUUGUGCUGCGUAAGUGCCUUGCCUCUCUAAGUGCAUAUUCCACUGGUUCGAAUUAACUGCUAACUCUUUAUGAUUAUGGCUAUCAUUCAUCUCCAGCAAUUUCAGUCAGGUUUAGACUUAGCCGUGGUGACAUCAUCCUGCUAAGAAAGAAGCCUGAAGGGGCUUACUGUCCUCAAGGCAAGGCUGGACCUGUGCUGGAUCCGUCUUCCUGCUAUCUUUCAGGGUAUAUGAGAUGUGCAAAGCAGAGCACCUCCCCUGCCUUCCCGAAAGUCAUUUUGCUUUUAAAUUAUGCAUCCCAUUCAGAUCAUGCGCCUCUUGGGGACUUGGGUGUUACAUCUAACUAAGUAGCUGCCCCAUUUGCAAAUGUACCGAAAUGGAUUUACCAUCUAACCCAAUAAAAUUUGCACAGGGCAUUCUUUAUGUCUAGAGAUAUCUCCCCUUUAACAUCUGCGACCCAUUAAGACGUGUUUCUCCUGGCUCUUGAAUAAACAAAAGCCAUAUUGUGAUGGCCUGGGAAUCCGAUUCAGAGGCUGAACCGGAGGAAUCCCAGCCUGCACAGGAGUCCCCGCCUCCAGGGCCGGCUGAACUGGGGCAGGGCCUUGAUUCUGAAGCGCCUGCACCUGUGCCAGAUCCUCAGGAGCAGGCACCAGGUGAAUCUACUCUGGCUCCGGAGGUGGUUGAGGACUCAGUGCCUACAGGUGAGUCUCCCCCUGGGUCCAGUAACCCUUCAGCCUCUCCUGAACUGUAGAGGCGAAGGGCAGAGAGGCGAAGGGAACUGGUUUCUCCCAGGAGGAGUGCUCGCCUUAAGGCCAGGAGAGGCAGGUCUCCUGGGGGCCGGGGCCGCCCCUGGCCUCAGAGAAGAUAAAGGCCAGUCAGCUCGGUUCCAGGUUGCGGGAGCAACGUCGUUGGUGAGCUGUUUUGGCCAGCAUCCAGUCCUGUUCCCCCAGAGUUCCUGUCCUUGCCCGGCUUCUUGCUGUGGACCCCGCUUUGCCCAAGGAGGACUGUCUGCCGACCCUCAACUCAGGCCCUGGACCUCACCCCACGGACCAGCACACAUAUGAAUGGUGUGUGUGUGUGUGUGUGUGUGUGUCCCUGUGUCCCUGCUGCCUCCCGCCACUCUCUCUCUCUCUCUGGACCUACCUUAUAUUAUCCUUGAUGUACAGGUUUUGGGAACCACAACUAUUUGAGAGUAAAAACAAACAUACACAAAACUACAGAAAUGGAUUGCAGAAGAAUGACUGAGUCGGGCAACAGCAAGACAUAGUGACACAUUUAUUGAUCGAAGGAGUUGUAAGGGACAUGACCAGUGCCCAGUCUUCUUGGGAAUCUAAGGCAAGAUACCCACACAGCAGAAGUUGCCCCGAGUUCCAGUCACCAUACAAAGGCAGCUUAGGGUCCAAAAUAGUUUGCUGCUGUAGAAAAUUAGGCUUCAGUAAUGCAGUUCCAGAUGUUCAUAUAUGCACACAGUUUGUAGGCUUUGCAGCUACAGAUAUAUACAAAGCACAAAGCAUUCCUGUGGCCCCAGCAAUUCAAGAUGUAACACAGACUGACUCACGGACAGACUCACUGUCUGACACCAAUACACAGACCCAGACCCCAGCACAAUGAGCUGAUGUGUAUUAAACACAUAUAGAUGGCACUGGGCCGUUGCCAUAGCAACUGGCUUGGCUGACUUUGCACCUGUUGGCUUAUCUCAUACAUGCAGUCAUUUGUGCUCAUGAAGGAAAUCAACCCCUUCUUCCAUGUCCAGUUCCUCCAACAAGUUUCUGAAGUCUGAGAUGGACCAGGGUGGGGGUGCUUUAGACUUAUGCCUUACUGACGACCCCAGCAGUGUGUGUACUUCAUUGCACAGGGACCUGAAGCAGGAUUCCGCCCCCACCCCCGAGGUCACUUCCAGACUGUUACUAUUUGGUGGGAGGAAUUCAGUUGCAUACCAGCAAGCAGGUCUGUGCUAAUAAAGUGUUCUGGUGCGCUGGUGGAAAAAAACAACCACCAGCCUUUGGCAAUAAGGAAAGUCAUGUAACUUCCACAUAAACAAAUCAGGAUGGAUUGGUGCUCCCAGACAGGGGUCCCAGAAUCUGAGCUUUCAUUUUUUAAAAAAGUAAACCUAGCCCUCCUAAAAGAGACAGCCAAGGAAAAGAGUGUCAUAUAUUAACAUUAAAGAUAAUAUUAAUCCCAGAAUUGCAAUUAUUUGAAACUGUUAAGAACAGGGGAAAUAUGUGCAUGCUGCCUGUAAUCUCUGGUGAGAAUAUAGAGGGAGCAAAAAAGUACUCAGAGAAUGGGAGAAUUCCAUCAGCAAGAACUGAUGGAGGUCACUGCUAAUGUAAGCACUAAAUUCUUUCUACUCAUAUUUAAUAUUAAAAUACAUUUGUUGCAUUCUUAUGUAAUUUGCAUUUUUAGAACAUUUUAAAAGUGCCUUUCUGCAUGCUUAAAAGCAUGCAGUGCCCACCAGUGAAACUUUCUUGUAAAAGCACGGCAGAGGUGAUGUGUAUGUGGUUCUUUGAAACUUUCCUUCUACUGUAGGGGUGGGGGACUGCUGGCCCUUCAGACGUUGUUGGAUUCCUACUCCCAUCAGCCCAAACCAGCAUGGGAACGAUAGGAGUUUUAGUCCCCACAACAUCUGGAGGGCCACAGCUUCCCCACCCCUCUUCUUAGGCCUCUGCUCUGCCACCUGCUACCACUUUCCCCUUUCCCAAUGUAAGGCUUUUUGCUGGUUCGCUCUGCUUACCUGUGGGCAAGGUAGAGAGACUAGAGUAGCAAGAAAGGCAGAGAACAGCAGAGGAAAGAGGCAAACUCUGUUUGAGGAGGGGCACCUCUCCUGUGCUUCAAAUAAUCACCCCAUACUGUGCAUGCGAAGACAGGUUCCAGUGGACUGAGCAGACCAGACCAAUAGUGGCUCCAACAGUCAAGAAGGUGGUUUUUGCAUGUGCUAUAGGAGGAAGUGAGGGGUGGAUGGGGCUCAUCAACAUGGGAAGAGAGCCCAUCUAGGAGAAGGAAAACUCUGAUCCUAAACCUCCACUGCUUUGCAGGAUAUCUUUGGGAGAAGAAAAGGCUAAGGAGUACACCCUAGACAAAUCUGGAGUGGAGUCCCUAAUGCAGUUGAAUGGUGCUUUGAACACCUCCUUCCAGCAACUCCUGCAGCCAAGCUGGUGCCAAAUGUAUUGCUCUGCUUUCCUUUGGACCACAUCAGUGAGGCCAAGAGGGGAGUUUUGUUGUCAGGGCAGUCCAGGACUUCCAUACACACUGCCCAAGCUUGUGCCCUGGGAAGGUCACUUGAGUGCUGCUAACCCAGCGGUUUGACAGAGGCACACUCCAUUGUCUCUCAAGACAGACGGAUGCCAAUGAACAGCCACUAUCCCUCAGUCAAAACCGUUUCUCCAGACCUACGCACAAUACACAGCAGACUUCCUCUUCAUACCUAAGGUUGCUCCAAGCAACCAUUGCCACAUGAGGAAAAAAAGUCUUCGUAAUCUCCUGUCCUAUCUGAAAGAAUAACAAGCUGCUGCAAGCAAAAUGAACAGAGCACAAGCUGUUUGCUGUCCUAGAUGAUGACUGCAGAUUCCAAGGGUUUCCAGACCCCUCCUGCUGUUCUUUCUUCUUCUUCUUCUUCUUCUUCUUCUUCUCUGGACUGGAAUUUUAAUGGUUCUGAUAAGAGAGAAACGCCACCUUUCAUCAGAUGGUUUGUGGUGUUUAUUUUAGCUCUCUGCUUCCUUCCCUGCAAUUGCUUCUGCACACAACCAUGCGCUAUCAGUUGAAGACAGGCAACCUUUUCAGCCAUCCUCACUAAAGCACUUGAACCAUCCAUUACCCCAAACCUGUUUGCGAUAAUAAUAAAUAAAUGAAUUAUCAGCAGUGGUAACCCCAGGGGGGAAAUCUGGACAGGGGCCACAGAAGGGGCAAAGAGAAAUAACUGUGUGUGUUAAUGACAGGAGUUCAAAAUUGAGGGGAGUGGAGUGGAAGAACAAGCUCCUCCUCUUUGGGGGGUGCCUGCCCCCCUGUCCCUAUUAUGUUAUCAGCCGCACUUGCGUGGAUGUCAGCAAAGGAAGUGAGGCUUCACCCAUGCUUCGGUCUGUACUUGAAAAAUGAAAAGAAUGAAAGGUCAAUUGAAAGAUCAAAUGACACAGCAAUCCUGAGCAAGGAGAGCUAUUAUAGUUGGGGCACUGCAGGGGUUAAAGUUAUGGAAGGCGAGGUUCCUGGUUCAAGUCUAUCUUCAGCCACCAACUCACUGGGGCUGACAUCCCUGGUCACAUGAGAGGAGGAAUCCACAGCACAGCUCCUCCUUGAACUUCCUCUUUUUCUGUUAGCUGUUGACACAGCUAAAAGCAGUCUUGCCACCAGAUACAAACUGGGAGAGUGCUGCUGUUUUCAGGCCCAGCUUGUGGGCUUUUGGGAGGGUUACAGUUUGGAGGGUCAAUGUGGAUGAUACCCAUCGAUCCCUUCCAAACCUGUGGUCAUUGUGUGUGUGAGGUUAGAAUAUAUAAGAGGAAACCUGUUGAACCUGUUAGAUGAGUUUCUCUGUUAAGGUAAUGGCUUCAUCUGGCCAGUUCAGCACCACCAUUUACGUGUCCAAAGGGUGAGUCCUGGGUGGGCCUUUUUGCUACCUUACCUGGCUGGAUUCUACAUCAUCCUAGGAGUGAGAACAAUAGGCCAAGUGGGGCUGUCUGUUUGCGAGUUUAGGCCAGAAGAUGGAAGCACAGAGGCUUAUUUUGCUCUAUGCUGGAUACAAAACUAUGAUUUGGGGAUCUCCCACAGAACCUAAUGGGGAGGCAAGAUCUGUGGAGUGUUAAUGAUGUGAGCCCUUCCUUCCUAUGCUCAAGUGUAAAUAAAAGCACAUAUCCAGUCUCCAUUGACCAUCAUUCCAAGGAAAUGGAACCCUGGGUAAGUGCUGGAACCCCUGGAGUCUCUGACUUCUCAGAGACAUGGAACAACAUGAAUAACCAUAUUGCUGAUAUUCAGGGUGGAAGAUCUUUUCUCCCUCGUACCUGCAAUGCUGCUCCAGUAGGGUUCCAGGUGCAACAAGCCCUGGGAAAUCUAAUAUUGCAUGUGCUGUUGUUAUCUCAAGCCGUACGGGGAAUGUGCAUAAAGAGGCAUCAGCAUGCAUCUUCAAACAACAUUUUCACUCCCCAGCAAUGUAUGAUGUGUAUUUCUUUUUCAUGGCAGCAAAUAAAUCUUUGCUUUUACUAUGUUGUGCCAGCAAACAAUCUUCCCUCGUUGAAUCAUUUGCCAGCCUGUUGCUGUGCAAAGAUGCAAACAGAUGUCAUGCACUUCGAUGUUCAAAGAACAGCCCCAGCCAUCCUUGAUGGGGAGCCUACCUGGCCGAAGGUUACAUGAUACAGCACUAAAAGUUCUGGAAUGCCAGUAGAGAAAUCACGCUGGUUACAGAAUCAUAGGUGCUAAGAAAGAAAGAAAAUGCUUUCCUAAUUGUUUUUCCUUGGCAAAUCUUGCCCCUUGCUCUGGAAAAAGGAUUUUGUUCAUUUUAAGUAGUUUUCCAGAGUGGCUGUUAGAUGUUUUUUUUAAAAAAAAAUAUAUGGUAGACUGGAAGUUUUUAACGAUGGGCUAUUUAUGCCUUUCUGUAACCCUAGCAAAAUUGGUCUUGUUUUGUUAGUAGGGGAAAACACCCUUCAGUCAGAGCACUUACGGUCAAUGGUCCAAAAACUCUUCUAAGUUACUGCUGUUCUGGAGCCUUAUUUACCUCAUGGAUCAACUGAGUGCAGUAGCAGCCGUGGGUUAAAGGCUCAGGGUCCCAUGUCCUCCCUUCAGAAGCAUGUGUGUGGCUUCUGUUGAAAUCAAUGGAAGCACUGUUUAUGCAUCCAAAAGCCAAAUUUGGCUCCGGGUUUUUAUAGUUUCCCCAUAGAGCUCAAAUUGAUUCCAGCGUAAUAGCUAUUUCUUUACUAUGCAGACUACUCCAUGCAUCAAAAGGCUGGCUGGAGCCUUCACAACUUGAUGGUAACUUCAGGGACCGUGUGUAUUCUGAUGAGCUUUUCCAGUCCAGCAUAAUCCUCUUCAACUGCCUCCAACUUUCUCUUCUUGUUGUUCCUUUCACUGUUUAUAGCGUUGAGAGCAGAACGUUUAUAGCGUUGAGAGCAGUGGAGGAGUAUAUUUCCAAAGGCAUAUUUUCACCACAAACAGGUAAUUCUCUUUCCCCAAGAAACUCUGGGAAUGAUAGCUCAGGGUAGGUGUGCCAAUUCUAUUGGACCAAGAUGACAUUGAACACCCAUAGCAUUUGUUGGCAGGGGGCUGGGCCUGAGAAGGUGCCGCUACUGCCCCACACAUCUCCCUUGCUACUGCUCCGCUGCCUCUGCCGGUGCCGCCUCCUCAGAGGCACGCCACCUUCCUUCCCUCCUCACUCUGGGCAUGGUCAUGGAGGCCUCCUCCUGAUGAUGCAGUCGUCUCAUGUGUGACAUCACACAUGCGUGCUGAUGGACAAUUUGCUACUCUCUUUCUUAAGGUUAGAAUAAUAGAAUCAUAGAAUUGUAGAGUCGGAAGGGACCACAAGGAUCAUCUAGUCCAAUUCCCUGCAAGGCAGAAAUCUUUCACGCGAUGUGGGGCUCAAACCCAUGACCCUGUGAUUAACAGUCUCAUGCUCUACCAACUGAGCUAAUUGGAAUCGAACCAGUUCUUUAUCUUUAAACUGGAUUUGGACCAGAAAGCCCUUAAAAGUGAAGACCGUCCUCUGUACGAUCAGUAACACCUGGUCAAUAUGCUACAAUUGUCAAGGCAAGUUGUAGUUCUGCCCUUAGUGAGCACUAAAAACGAUCUUCUGGAAAAUGCUCAUUUUAAAAUCCAAGUGAACGGAGUUCUGAUAAAGCUCCAAGGAGUAUCCAAUCAAUUAAAGAGCCUCGAAAGAGAAAUGGAAAACCACAUACUUCCAAAGCUUUUAGGGCUGUUUCCAAUUCAAAACACUGGUUAGUUCUUGCAACAUGGAAGUUCCACCUUAAUUGCCUUUAGGGAAUAAUUGGACCAGAUCAAGACAGAAGUUUGAUGUUACGCAUUCUUAAAAUGCAAGGGAGCAAAAGAUGAAAAGCAGCAUGGCCAUGGAUUUCGGGACAUCUUGAGAAGAUGCAAAGAAACUGUGGACUUUGCAUAAACAUUUGUCAAAAUCCAAGAAAACCAAACCAAGAUGGUAGAUUAGCAGUGAAAGCAAUCAGCCAUGAACUCACGGCCAUUCAGUCCAUCAGACCCUAUGCCCAAGCUGCAUGUCAGCCUCCCUGCUCUACAGUACGCAAGGGAGAUGGUUGCAUAGUCCAUGGCUGGGAUGAGUUUCCACUGAUGGAGACCUAGUCCACACAUAAUACAUGAUUGCUGUACUUGAUGUACUACUAGUCCACUGAAAACCAUUGUGUUGAAGUGAUACUUGGGUCCCUUCACAUAAGCCAGGUUGCUGUAGCCAUCAAAUAAUGCCCCCCAGUUGUUAUGGGCCACAGCUAUCAUCACCCCUGACCAUUGGCCAUGAUGGCUACUGCAGCUCGGAGUUAUAGUCCUAAACAGUUGGAGGGCACCAAGUUGGGAAAGGCUAGCAUGGAGCUUUGUUGCUAUGACUACCAUAGGCCACAAUAUUUUGCGGGGACAUCUAAUGAUGCUUUAUGAAUGUUUGCAAGAUGCCUUUAGCUAAGAACGAGCAGUGUGCAGCUAAAGAAAUCAUGACAACAAUAGUCUUAAACCAUUGUUUUGGCUUAUUUUUAAAAUGUUUUAAAGAUUUUGUCUUGUUGCUAGGCAACAGCUCCUGCUGAGGACCAUGAUACAAAGGAGUAGAGCAGGAGUAGCCGACAUAUUGCUCUUCAGAUGUUGAACUCUCAACUCCCAUCAUCCCCAGCCCAAGUGCCCAAAGAUUAGGAAAGAUGGGAAUUGGACUGGAAUUUUUUUUUAACACCCCUUAUAUAGCCAGUUGAUCACAGAGCUCUGCAGGUGAGGGACCUCCAGAAACCUGGAGGUCCCUCACCUUUAGUGUUGUGGCCCUUUGGGAUUCCCUCUUGUUAAAUAUUAGACAGGCACCGUCUCUUGACUCAUCCACUCUUCUGCGUGCCAUCCACUCUUUGCACCACCGCUUCCCCCCAGAAAACCUGCUCUUUAGCACUAAACCAGAAUGGACAGUGAUCUGCAGAACUGCCAUUUGCUAAACCGCAGCUUUUCUUGGAGAAAAGUGUCAUGGCAAGUGGAGGUGUGGCUAAGCCCACCAUUGUCUUGUUGGUGCCAACUAAAGACCUUCCUCUUCCACCAAGCCUUUCAGAUAGAGAUCUUUCCUAGCAUGCAGGUUGUUUGGAUUGUUUUCCACAUGCUUUAAAGGCUUUUUGUGUUUGCUUUACCACUUGUCCUUUGCCACCCUGGGCUCCUUUGGGAGAAAGGGCAAGCUAUAAAGUAAAGAAAAGUGAACAAGACCUAACUUGCUUUUUAUAAUAAAAAUGUGCUCCUUUGUUUUAAUGCCACCUGAGUGCUUCUGCACAAGUCCUUCUAGUUUGAAUUCUGAAAGGGGAAAUAAGAGGAGAUUAUUCUCUUGGAGUUAGGGUGGAAUCCUGGCUUGCGAUAUGGCCUGGAAACUUUUGCCCAUUUUUCGAACAGACCUAGGAAUUCUGGUUUUCUGCUUGACUAGGCAGCCUCUUCCAUGGCACCUCGUUUGUUCACUGAAAAACAUUGCUCAAAAACCCAAAUCUGACUCAUAUGUUUGCUGCUUGGCAGCGUGAGUAUAACUCUCCACUGUGUGGAAGCCUCCUUUAUGCCACAGACAGUAAAUAAAUACAGGAGAUGCAAACCAUACUUACAUAAACUAAUACCACUUGUAAAAAUAUCAAGCGAUUUAGCAUACAAGCGAUUUAGCAUACAAAGUGCAACUGUUGAGAGGGAGGUCGAGAUGAACAACGCCAUUGUAAUAAGGCUGUGCCAUGGAGUGCACCUUUUUCCUUUACCAGGGAAGAUAUUGCCGCAACUUGCAGCACUCAGCAGAAAGUAGUAGCACAUCCAAGUGCCAGCACGCUACUAUACCAAAAGGACACCCUGCCUUUCAGACAGCAGAACUGUUCUAGAUAGAAGCAAUUCUGCUGUACAAGGUGGGGUCUGGGGUUCUGAGGAGGUCCACACAUCCCCUCCAACAUACCCACAUGACAUCACAGAGCCCAAAAGAUGCACUUUUCUGGGGGCUGUGCUCGCAGGUUUGGGGGGAAGAGAUCUUGGCAUGAAAUCACACAAGAUCACAGCACUCAAAAUGGCUGCUAUGCUCUUGCAAGAGAAAAUGGAAUGUCCUGUUUUCCCCGGGACUCUUGUGGGGUAUGCUGCCGGAUGGAUCUACGUCAUAGGUAGUCCUCCAGAUGUUGCUGGACUACAGCUCCCAUCAACAACAGCGAGCACAGCUGAUAAUCAAGGAUGAUGGGAGUUGCAGUCCAGCAACAUCUGGAGAGCACCACGUUGACUAUCUCUGUCCUGUGUCCUUCUAGAAAGUCAGCACAACUCUUUGCAUGACUUCCCUGCCAUUUUGAGGGGAAUUUCCUUGGCAAAUGGCACGGCCAGAGGGUUUUCUCUCACUCUCUAGGGGUUAGGAUGCCUGUUUGCUUACUUACUUGCAUAAUUAAUGAAUGAAUUAAUAGCAUUUAUAUCCCACCUUUUUCUCCAAGGAGAUCAAGGCGGCAUGCGUGGCAACCCCCUUCCCCCAUUCAAUCCCCACAACAACCCUGUGAGGUAGGUUGGGCUAAGAGGCAGUGACUGUGAGCUUCAUGGCCCAUUAGGGCCAUGGACCCUGGUCUCCCAGGUCCUAGUCUGACGCUCUAAACAACCACGCCACCCUGGCACUCAUUUCAUUUUCAUUUCAUUUCAUUUAUUAUUCUUAAAGAAGUCAGAAUUUAGGUUGAGAGAGAAAAAAUGGAGGGGUGUGUGAUGCGAGAAACCAAAACAGCAGCAGCCUUUCCCCAUAUUUGGUGCUGGCUCCAAGAGCCAGGUGGUUGACCUUGGCAGAAGGCACAUGUGUGCACCUUGUGUUUCCUUUGCAGCCGCUCCCACAGGUUCUGUUGAGUCAAGGCAGGUAGGAUGGGUGGUGGCGGGCAACUUGGCAGCGGCAUCCGUGAGAACUUCUUCAGCACCUCCUAUUUUACUGUGCAGGAGUGGAACAAGAAAGGGUUCCAGUCCUCCUGGAGUCUACCAUCCCCUGACCACCUCCCUCUAGUCUCCCCGGGUACCAAGAGAGUAACCACCAUUCCUCCAAAGCAACCUCUUUUGUUCCUCCUGGGUCAUUGCCAGGCUACCAGUCGGACUCUGCUGCUGCUUGCCUAUUCUUGCUCCAGACUGCCUGUUUACUCCUUCCUUUCCUCCCUCCUCUCCCCUCCUUAGUUUCUCCAUCUAACUUUGAGUCUAUCAGCUUGCCUUCCCUUUGGCUUACCUGAAUCAUUGCUCCUGCUAACACCCCACCUUCAGAUGGACUUCCCUCAGGAGCUGGUGAUGGCCACCAACCUAGAUGGCUUUAAAAGAGGAUGAGACAAAUUCAUGGAGGUGAGGGCUAUUGAAGACUACCAGCCAUGAUGGUUAUGUGCUGCCUGCACAGCUGAGGCAGCAAUGCUUCUGAACACCAGCUGCUGGAAACCACAGGAAGGGAGAGUGCUCUUGUGCCUGAGUCCCACUUGUGGGUUUACCACAGGGUCCUGGUUGGCCAACGGCAAGAACAGGAUUGACUAGAUGGGCCAAUGGGCUGAUGCAGCAGGCUCUUCCUAUGUUCUUAGGUUCUGAGCUCAUAGCCUCGGCCCAGUAUACCUGAAGGAGCGUCUCCAUCCCCAUCGUUCUACCCAGACACUGAGAUCCAGAGCUGAGGGCCUUCUGGUGGUUCCCUCACUGCGAGAAGCCAAGUUACAGGGAACUAGGCAGAGGGCCUUCUCAGUAGUGGCUCCCAUCAGAUCUCAAAGAGAGAAACAACUACCUGACGUUUAGAAGGCAUCUGAAGGCAGCCCUGUUUAGGGAAGUUUUUAAUGACUGAUGUUUUAAUGUAUUUUUAAUCUCUGUAGGAAGCCGCCCAAAGUAGCUGGGGAAACCCAGCCAGAUGGGCGGGGUACAAGUAAUAAAUUAUUAUUAUUAUUAUUAUUAUUAUUAUUAUUAUUAUUAUCACCUGACUUACCAUUGCUUCUGCAUCCAACUGCCCCUUCUAUGGAUGGGCUCCCAGUCUUACUUCCAAUUUGGGUCCCCAAACUGAUUCCUGGGUGCUCCAUUUCUUAGGGCCUUGGAAGCCACAAAUUCCGCAGUGUCACACUCAUUGUCGAGGAGAUGAAAAAUCUCCUGUAGCAAAGACAAUCUACAUAUCUCUCAUGCAAGGAAAAAGCAGAUGUUAUGCUUCAGUUAUAUUUUUCUGUUGUUGAAGAACAGACUACAUGGGGAAUUAACAUGCCCAGUCCCUGCACAAGAAGGGAAUAACCAUAGCCAUAUAAGCUUGGGCAUCAGCAGCAAGUGCCAACUUUCCAUGGUUCUGGUGGCAUCCCUACGUCAACAAUUAGGCAUUUCCUUUGUGUGAUUUUAGGAUAAAACAUUCAUUUCGAAAGCUUUUGCUUUGCUAGGGAGAGGGAGGGAGGGAGGGAAAACCAAGGAAACCUAUAAAACGAGCCAUCUGAGGAACAAAGACAGCCAACAUCCACUGCAAUAUCCUUAAUGGCACUUCCAUGUGCUUGUUGAGGGGAAAUAUGGAGCAGGAAGCAAUGUAAAUGAGAAUUGACAGAAAAAUGAUUUGACAUCAAGUUCACGUUAAGCUAAUGGAUUGUAGCAUCUCAUAAAUCCUCGCAGUGGACCUGAACUGAUUUAUGAUUUCUUGCUGAAACUGUGAAAGCAUGGGAUUUCACAUGGCUAGAAUCAAAGGUGAGGCUUUUCUCUGAUACCUUUGCUUUGAACCACAGGGAUUUGCUUGCUAAUAUGCCCCAUUUUCCUGCUUCAGAAUUCUAUGGCGACAUGGAUGGCAUGGGUCCCCCUCUGUUCAAAAGGCCAACUGCAGCGGGUGAAAGAUUAUGCAGCCUUCAGAGUUGCAUGCAGCUGGGACUGUGUGCAGUAUGGUCUAUGCCAUUCCAACCUAAAUUAUGCUGCCGUAAUAAAAUGGUGCAAAUAACUUCUGAGAGCUAUGUUUUCUCAUUGUGCAAAGGAGAAAAAUGAAUCUCUCUGUAGGUAGGGCAUGGCCUACUUGUUGGCGAGAGACAAUGGACACUAAUGGCCCAUUUGGCUGAUCAUAUUCUAAGACAUUGUGAGACAUGCUUUAGAACAUACUAACUUUCCAGAGUGCAGGUGAAGUCGGUUUUAUAUGGCAAAGUUGAUGUGCAGAAAUGUUUCUUUUUCUUUUCUGGAUUAGAGGGUCCUGAAGAUACCUUCUGUCUCUAGUGGUGCCUCAUCGUAAGUAAAACUUGAAAAGUGCUCCCCAUUUUGUGGAAAUGAAGGAAACUAUAAUUCUCCCUCUUUUGUCAAGGUGAAGGGGAGAAUCAAAAGAGCUGGAAAUGUUAUGACUGAAGGCCAACCUAGAUAUAUCAGUUUGUGCUUUCUAUCUUACAACGUCCAGGGUCCCUCCAGGUGUCCUUUUAAAUCAUGUGUUCAUUAUGCUAUGUUCUUAAGAUGCUAUCAGGGCAGCCACAUGCAACCCCACUUUCAGUUCUGUUUGUGUCUGCAGAAGUUUUGAGGCUUCAUACAUCUUCCAGUUAAUGCAUAUCUUGUAAUUUCCUGCUGAAAUCCCACAACUUUCCAUACCACAAAUGUUCUGGAAUUUUAUUUUAUUUUAUUUUGCCCUGUUUUAUUGUGCUAUAGCCCUUCCAGACAGUAAUAAUGCAGCAGCAUUGGGGAAGCAUCAUGGAACAACCACUAAAGCAGAAUAAACCCACAACUAAUGCACUACAGGGUAGGGACGCGGGUGGCGCUGUGGGUUAAACCACAGAGCCUAGGGCUUGCCGAUCAGAAGGUUGGCGGUUCAAAUCCCCGUAACGGGGUGACCUCCUGUUGCUCGGUCCCUGCUCCUGCCAACCUAGCAGUUCGAAAGCACGUCAAAGUGCAAGCAGAUAAAUAGGUACCGCACCAGCGGGAAGGUAAACGGCGUUUCUGUGCGCUGCUCUGGUUCGCCAGAAGCGGCUUAGUCAUGCUGGCCACAUGACCCGGAAGCUGUACGCCGGCUCCCUCAGCCACUAAAGCGAGAUGAGCGCCGCAACCCCAGAGUCGGCCACGACUGGACCUAAUGGUCAGGGGUCCCUUUACCCCUUUACCUUUAAUACACUACAGUUGAAAUAGCAAUAUCUCAAAGGUCUACUGGGUUCCCAUUGUUUCUGCAGUUUUACAAGGUAUUGGCAACAAAUUUUCACAUGUUUUUCUCUGCAAGCGUGGGAACAUCCAGUUUCAUGGAAGGUGAAACUCACACAGCCCUUCACUUAUGGGGAGAGGCAAUGUAAGAGUUGCAUGCAGAAGAUCCCAUUCUUGGACCUUGACAUCCACAAUUGAUGGCAUACAAUAGGGUGCAAACAGGCCUGUUUAAAGCUGCUGUGCGUCAGAACAGACCGUGCUGGGUGAGAUGAGCCAAUGGCCUGAUUCAGCACAAAGUAGCUUCCUAUAUUCAUAAUUCUUCACUGUUAAACAGGUGAAAGGAGAACUGAGCUCUCAGCUUUACCGCGAAGCAGCUGUGGAGUCAGGUCUGCAGGCGAAAGGGGGAAAGGCGCUAUAGGCCAAAUGCUUCCACACAGACAAUCCUUCUCUCACAAUUACAUGCUUUCUUAUUGUUUUAUAUUUGUUUUAUGAUGUUAGGAGAUUUCAAUCAGGGCUGGGGAACCUGUGGCCCUCCAGAUGCUGUUGGACUACAGCUCCCAUCAUCCCUGAUCCUUGGCCAUGCUGGCUGGGGCUGAUGGGAUUUGGAGUCCAACAGCAUCUUGAGGGCUACAUGUUCCUCACACACACAUACCCGGCUCCAAAUUGUAAAUAGAUUCAACAUUUGUACUGUGCAACCAGAGAUUAAAUAGGGUUGAAAAGAAAAAUGUAAAAGGAGAUUUUAAAUGUUUUUAUACAAGCUCACAUGUAACUGCCAUGGGACCAGCGAUCUAGAUCAGAGACUGUGGUGCUUGUGAUAUCCAUAACCACUUUGGGUCAGCUCCUAAAAAGAAAACAUCCACCUCUGUAAAUGCAGUCAACUGCUGCAGGAUGUUUACUUCUUUACGCAUUCUGCUACAUUUUUCUUUAACCUUCUUUCUUUCUUUCUUUCUUUCUUUCUUUCUUUCUCUCUCUCUCUCUCUUUCUUAUUUAGAGGACAGUAGCAAGAUACAGGAAGAUCUCUCUGGGGUUGUAUAGCUGGCUGGAGUGGAUGAUAUUUUAGCAGAAGAACCAGAUGUUACUUUGGAGCUUUGUGGCUUAGCAUGGAUAUUUCAUUUUAUAAGAAGAAGCUAUUUUUGUCAUACCAGGCAAAUGUAAUGGCCCUAAACUUGGGAGAUGGAGGGGGCGGCGGGAAGGCGGCUUCAAUUUCUUUUUAAUUCUGUAUGUCUUGGCCUGUUGCAUCAGGCUUGAAAUACUGUAGGAUCCUCAGAUUGUUCCUCUCUAUUGGCUGCCUUUUAUUCUUUUGAUGCUUUUCAAAGGGCGCAUCUGUUAAAAUAGGAGCCUUGUCCUAACGCAGCAACAAUGAAUGUAAGGAUUAUGUAGACGAUAGCAUAUUAGUUCCUGUCACUGGAUGAUUCGAAUAUCCAGGUGUUUCCCUAAUCUUUCCAAGGUUAGUUUUAAGUACUAUAAAGCUACUUGGGACCACACAGCUAAUAUCUGGAUAAGCUGCUCAUUUCAGGUCCAAUUUAUCAAUGCACCCGGCGUAUACAUUCUACAUGUGGUAGGUUGCAGGAAUAACUGAACUUACUUUCCCCCUUGCAGCUCACUCUUAAUGAUGUUUCGUGGAAACAAAUGCCCAUGUGCAUUCAUUUGUAUUGGACCACCUACCCACAACCCACCCAUCACAUGUGAGCACGAGGUGGGAAAAUGAGUCCCUCAGGUUGGUUCCUGGCUUCUCCUGCUGCGUGUGGACACCAAGGAAAACAAAGGAGAAAGGAAGAACAAAGAUAAAAGGAAGAGAGAAAUAUAAGAGAGGAAAGGGGGAAAGAGAUAAAAGGAUUUCUGAUUUUCUGUCUGUCAGUUACAUAUUUUAAAAAAUCAAAAUAGGAUGACACCCAGCUGUUCUACCUUCUGCUAAUCAAUACUUUCUUCAUUCUUCAGACUCGGAUAUCUGAAAUUCAAUCAUUUCCCUCAGAUUUCUCUCUUAAGAACUGCCCAGCUCCUUGGGAAAAAUUAUUCCCCGUUAUUAUUCUAAUAAGCCUACAGAGUCAGGCCUCCAUCCAAAUAAGCCCAAUUAGAGGGUGUCACUCAGUGGCUAUCAGGGACCACCAUGUUGCACCACAACAUGCAUCAUAACGAACAGGCUUCAAUACUGGUGUUAGGUCACUUCACAGUGUGCUCCUUAAUCACCUCUACGUACAGUGGUACCUCUGGUUAAGAACUUAAUUCGUUCCGGAGUUCCGUUCUUAACCUGGAACUGUUCUUAACCUGAGGUACUACUUUAGCUAAUGGGGCCUCCCGCUGCCGCCGCGCCACCACCGUGCGAUUUCUGUUCUCAUCCUGAAGUAAAGUUCUUAACCCGAGGUACUACUUCUGGGUUAGCGGAGUCUGUAACCUGAAGUGUUUGUAACCCGAGGUACCACUGUAUUAGCAAAAGAGAGAAGGGGACAAAUGAGAACAGACGUACACAGUCAAGCAGGGUGGGCUCCAGGUUUUGGGGGUCCCUUGUGCAAGAUCUCCUCAAAGGGGUCCCCUCCACUAGCAGCCUCAUCUCCUCCUCUACCUCAAGUCCCUCUCGGAGGAAAAGGCGGGGCAGAAAUAAAUAUAAUGAUAAAAGCUUGCCCUCUCUCAUCUUCGACCUUAUCUACACAAACACUCAGAGAGGGAACAGGAACCAUGCUGCUCCAUCUCCUCACUCCUAUCUCUGCUUACAUGCUCAGAGAGGACCGAUGAACAGGCAGCAGCAAGGAGCAGCAGGGCCAGGAAGUCCUACGGGUUGGCAGAAGGCCCCUUGGUAUGACCUCAGCAGGCACCCGAGGAUGCUGACAUCUGAUACCAGCUCUGCAGCCAAGAUUUGUGGCUAGGGACCAAUGGCAGGCCAAAUAAAUGAGACAAGUAUUACAAUACACAAGCCAGUCUACAGCUGGUUGGGCUUACUAAACCAUUGUCUUGUAUUUCCCUCAUGCGCUCAUGAUGAGUGACCUUGAUAUGGCGUUCUUAUAGAAGAUAAUUUUAACGGUUCUGUUUAUUGCUGCUGAUAAAUGGAAAGGAUAUGUCCCUUAGGAAACUCGUUUAAUCUUCUGGGUUAAUUGAAACAUCUGGUUAAAAAUGUGUUUCUGGACUCUUUAUUGUAAGGAUCCCCAUUUCUAAAGAGUUUAAGGCUCUCUAAGGUUCAGAUUAUUGGGUUAUUAAAUAAAUCCCCAGUGCAAAGCAGACUUUUCCACUGACUCCUGACAUGGCUCCUCAUAUUUAUAUCUGACAUUUCAUGCAAGCAGCCACCCCCUAAUUAUAUUUGGGCAGCAUCUAGCUGAACAAGGCCCAGAGUUUGUAGUCUUACAGGCACUACCACAGUAUAAAUGCUGACCAUCCUCAUCACACAACUUUCCAGAUUGUGCAACUUCCUACAUAGGAAGGAGGAUAAUCCUUGAUCCUGCACGCUAUCAUUUUCCUUUCAGGGGCUUUAGGAAUAAGAACACCAGCAAUUAUCUUAGCAGCAAAUACUAUUAGUGGAAAUGAAACUAUGCAGUGCUUGGCUAAAUCCAGCCACAGAGUUUGACUUGCUGACCUUCUGCUGCAUCCAAAUCUUGCGGAUGAUUUAAGUUAAGCCGCUUACACUAGCAGCUUCUUCCUAUGGUUACAAUUUUCUCUAUUUCCAGUGCAUCAUAUGUGUCCGCUGUAGCCCUGUCUGUUAGAAAUAUUAAGAGAAAUGAAUGGCUGCUCCUUCAGCCACCAUGGGUAACUAAAGACUGGGGAGAAAUUAGAUUCAGUUUGCAUUUAAAUGUGAACCUGUCUAAUUCAGCAGGGUAUGGGAUGCUAGGGGAGGGGUAGUACCCCUGCUGGGGGACAUGCCAUCCUCCUUCUGGGGUAGUUUGUCCACCUUUGGUCCCCAUCCUGCACUCAGCUCUCACCUUUGGCUCCUAGAAGCUGUCAGCAUGCAACCUCAAGAAACAGCUACACAUGGCCAGCUAAACCAGGUGAGGGUGGCCGAUGGGUCUCAAACCCUCGGUGAGUUACAUAGGUGUAGCCAGGAUUUAUUGGGGCACAGACUUUAUGUUAGGAGGAGUAGAACCAAGUUAUCUGUGACACAAUACGUCAGAUAAGUAUUUAUAUGUAUUUACUUGAUUUAGGGGAGGCAACUGCACACCCCUCCCUGCACCCCAGGGCUACCCCAAUGGUAAGGACUCCCUCUGCAUGUGAAGGCUCCAGCAGAUGGAGUGGAUGAGACCAACAGUGGGUCCAAUGGUCAAGGAGGCAGUUUCUGCACAUGCUGUACAGGGAAGUGAGGGGCAGAUGGGGUUCGUCAACCUGGGAAGGCAGCCCAUCUAGGAGAAGGAAAACUCUGAUCUGAAACCUCCACUGCCUUGCAAGAUGCCAUCAGGCAAAGAUAAGGCUAAGGAGUUAAACCUUACACAAAUCCAGAGUGGAGUCCCUAGAAUGGUUGGAUGGCACCUUGUACACUUCCUUCCACCAGCUCCUGCAGCCAUGUUAGUGCCAAAUGCAUUGCUCUGCUUUCCUUUGGACCACAUCAGUGAGGCCAAGAGGAGAGUCCUGUCAUCUGAACAGCCCAGGACCUCCAUAUAAGAUGCCCAGUCUUGUACCCGUAAAGGUCACUUUGGUGCUGCUAAUGUAGCAGUUUGACUUCAUCCCUGGAGGUGCAGUCCAUUGUCUCCUGAGACAGAUGGAUGCCAACAAAGUAAUUCACAUCUAAGAGGCCACUGGUUCCCCACCCUGCAUGAUAGACCGCUUUAGCUUGAUUGUAAAGAGGCUACUUUGCUGGUGCUGGUUGCCCCAUAGUUACAUACUAUGGGCAGUGUUGGAGUGGUAGUGCAUACUAGGAUAAAUCUAAUCCUGAUUGAUAUAUCCCCAGAUAACCAGCUCAAGUUCCACUAUGUCCUGAUAACUUUGCCAUUACUUUAGAACCCAGUACACGAUAACUGGGUGGAAUCCGUGUCAUUCUGCAGCAUUGUGGACUCAGAAUGACUGCAACUCAGAUUAAGUUAGGUACCAGUUGUGCUAAUUUCAAUGGAACUUGAAUUAGGGGUGCCAUAUUGCAAAAAGUGAAAAUCCGGACACAAAAGUUGUUGAGCUACACUACAAAAUCUAUACGCAGUUUACCGGCAGUAUACCGGCUAUGUCUGGGAAAUUCAGGACGUAUGGCAACCCUAACUUGAAUGCUUGUUUUACUUUUCCGGACCUGUUGAAAUAAAUGAGGCUCAGCACAUCUAACUUGGUCCCCAGGGCUACUAUACAGUUUCAAAUCUUUUCCUCAUUGGGUAAAGAUACUUAACUAAUGAACUAUCCGAGACCAAUGACUCAUUGACUCAGUGAAAGGAAAGCAGAGGUGGGUCCUGAAACUGCACUAUAUGGAAAUGGAGGGAUGUGGAAGAAAAUCAAACAGAAAGAGGGUGGGGAGGACAAGCAUUCCAAAGGCUUUGCUGGGAGUGCUUCCCUCUUUCGUGAAUGUAAAGCGCAGCAGUGAACAUGAAGGUACAUUAAACACUCGAAGAGGAAACAGAUGGAUUUGCCUCACCACAACCAGGCUGCCUUUAUUUUUUACAAAGUAUGAAUGUCAAAAGGAACUGCCAGGAACAUUUGCAUUGGGUUAUACAUUUAUGUGCACAACCUCACCUCCCCACACACCCACACCAGGAUUCAAAUAAAGAUGUUAAAAUCAUGCUCAAGUAAUGUUGGUAGUAUAGCAACACACAAGAGUCUUUGGGGCUGAUCUGCUUAUGGGUUGGUACACUUAAUCUUUUAGAAAAUGCUGAUUUCUUUUUUUAAUCCAAUGUGGGCAGCACACCAUGUGUUUUCCUGAGAAACACAUUAUGGUCCCUGUUCUUUUCAUUUCUGCAGUGCCUACUUACUCUCAAUUAUCUGUACAUUUUUCUCCUUCAUUUUUCCUGGGAUAAAACUUACUAGUCUACAUGUGGGAGCAUUAAUUGGCUGGUGCUCUCUGAACAGUUUCCAUAGCUACAAGACCCACGGAGUCUUGAUUGACAACCUAGGUGGAUGAAAUCAUGGUUUAUGUUUCCAUAUUUAUCCGACGCCAGGAAGAAGCAAUAGGAGAUGGCCAACACCUCACCAUCAUGCCUUGUUUACGUUUGUUCAUUGCCUUUAGAGUGCACGUUUCGUCAAAAGAGCUCAGGGUAAUAAAUUAAAGUUGCCCCCCCCCCAAUUUAUUCUUGAAAUAAUUCUAUGCAGUUGGUUAGACUAGGAGAUAAUGACUGGCCCAAGGCCACCCAGUGAGGGGAUUUGAACCUGCAUUUCCACAGUCCUAGGCCAACACUCUGACCACUAUACUAUACUAUACUGGCAUAGCUUCUAAAAGUAUCAGAUAACUGGGACUCACAACACAUGUGUUCCUGUCCAGUGUUCUGGCCAGCAAGCCUGUUAUGCCUUCUUUCAGGAUAUUCCAUUCCAUUCUCCCUCUGGCUUCUAUCUUUCCAUUUCUCUCCCCCCCUCACCCACCUUCACCCAACACCCAAUGCACAUACUUGGCUCUUACUGGGCUAUUUGGGAGCUUAUUGUGCUCCCUGAAGUUCCCUCCUCUCCCUCUCCCCCGUAUUUUUCUAUUUUGGCAAAUCCUGCAGAAAUGUUCUACUUCUGCAAAAGCACAGUGCGGCUUCUGUUUCUAACUUUCAUAAAUACUUUUCUUGAGAGUGCAUGACCUCCAGCAACCCACGCAGGCUUUCAGAGGGGCUAUAUCUGAUUGUUGUUUUCCUUAUUGUUUAUCUGAUUUCAAUGCUUGUCACUUCUUUCCAAUCGCAUAACAAUCACCCUUGAGAGAUCUGUAAAUGUUUGUCUCCUUUGCUAUUCUUUUAUUGUACUUCAAUUUGCAUUUUUUAAAAACCAUCUGCAAAUCUUGAGGUUCUUUCAAAGCCCACCUGCAUCUCAGUAGCCCUGUUUUAACUGCACCUGAGUUCAUUAUUAGUUUAGCAUCAUCACAUAAGGUGCACACAUUGUUCGUUUGCCUCCAGCAAAGGACAUUCUUAUGUUCUUGUUUUGUAAUACAGGCAUCUAGUUGUUCUCAAUUUAGUAUUCCAAGUAUUUCAGAUUUCUAAAAGUGAUUCUCCCACAACUAUAUCAUGACCAAUGGAGGAGUUGAUGACACAUUAAAAUUUGUGAAAAUCUUCAUUAAAGAAAACCAUGCUAAUCUUGACCCCCAAAACAUUCUCUUGCACAAGCCUCUUUGAAAUGAAGACGAAUUGUGCAAGAUCAUUUUUAUUUGAGGACCAAGAAAUGGCUCUGAUGUGCAGAGGAAGAAAUAGACCAGCUGGCUCCGCAGUUCAAACUGAAGCCAGAUGCUAAGGAUAAACAGAAAGGAAAGAGAAAAGCAGAAACCGUGUCCUCAAAUGAGCUACACCAAUUUUUCCUUUGGUGUUUUUCAACUAGCUUCCAUUUAAUUUCAGUGGAGAAACUCCCUGAUGCAUGGUGCCCAUCAGCUAGGAGGAGGAAUGGGGGAGAAAACUGAUUCAAUUCAACUGAACAGCAAACUUACCUCAUUUGCACCUUCUGAAACAAUGUGGGAACCAAAACAAGGCAUCCUCUGAAAUCCACCUCUCUUUGAAUUUUGCAGUGCAGUUCUGGGUGCAUAAAAACCAUACAUUAGUGAAAACAACAUGAAAAUGUUUAUAUUAGGGGAAACUGAAUAUAAAAUGUAUAUAUUAAGGAGACAUUUAAACUAAAAUGCUGAUGAAUUUUCAUCAGGACUUAAAAAAAAUGGCAAACUGAUGUGGAAAUGUGGAGAAGUUUGAGGAAAAUGAGAAAUUGGGAGAAACUGAAAUUGACAGAUCUGCCCAUCCUUAGAUGGAAGUUAGUGAUAUCAACAGGACAUAGAGUUGAUUUUUAUGUUUUGUGUCAUAUUUGUAUGCUGCUUUUUCCAACCACAAGGCUAAGCCCAGAAUGCCCUACUGCAAUAACAAGGCAAUAAAACAACAAAUUUCCACCAAUAUAAUCAUAUCAUUAAAACACAGUCGGUUGGUGGUGUAGGGGAGAGGCAAGGCACUCCUGAUUGGUUAGAAUCAACCACAUGACCAGCUGAGGGCACAUAGACUCAGACAGACUUGCAUAAUAUCGUCACUCUCACUACCAAGUUCCUGAUCGGAUACGAUUACCAGGGAUGGGGCAAGACACUGCAACAGCAGCAGCAACCUUGCAAAAUAAUGGUUAUGACCCAAACGGUAAAAACCAAGGGUUUGUCCCCUUUGGAAAGCACAGCAUUCACCCCCAAAGUUUCUGCCACUGAAUAUUUGGUGCAGCUGUAACAGGGCCCAUGAUUUUUUGUUGCUACAGCAUCUCACAGGAUUUGCUUGUUUUGCGAAGAGUGGAAUUUAUGACAACAUUUACCAGAGAUUAGGUAUUUAGCUACCCCUUUUUAAACCAGCAGGGGUAUUGAAAUGAAACAUAUGUUGUUAGAAAUAGACAGAAUCCAUAUCUCUUUCUCGAUUAAUUAAUCAGGAAUGAAAGACUUCUGCCUUAAACCAACAACCUAGAGACUCAUAACUGCCACCCUGCCAUUCCUCCUAAAAAGCUGCAGCUCAGCUUUGCCCCAUUUUAAUGAUUGGCACAAGGAAAGAUGAACUGUUGGAUAAUUAAUUAAUCACACCUGCGUUCAUGAGUAGAAAUAAAGGUUUGGCAUGAGUCACUCACAAACAGAGCUCAAAACAAGAUGGUGAAGUGACUUGUUGGAUCUAGUUGAGGACCCAGGAAGUUACUUCUGCUGUUCAGCUUUUGAUCAUACAGUCUAUUGAAGUAAAUAAACAUGAGGUAAUGUAUUUGCCAUCAGGCUGGCAAAGCACUGGAUCAAAAUUGCAUUGUAAUCACACAGUCAAGGGCAGGCUCUUCUCGGAAUAUCCAUCAUCCAAGAGAAUCCCAUAUUUCCAGUCAGCCUUACCCUAUGUUGAUUACAAAGGUACGAUCUGCAAGGGUCCACCCAAAUAUGCAUAAUUACUGGAGGUGGGAAACACAGAUGAAGAGAAAGUCCAUGAUGUUAUUUCGUGAAACAACAAGGGCCAAGCAGCCAGAUUAUUACCAUGUGUCUGCAAUGACAUGCGUACAGGAAAACCACAUGCUCAGGUCUUUUAGCCGCAAGUAAUGGCAUGCCAAGUAGCAAGUGACACGUAUAUGAGGUGGGAUUAGCAAUAAAACAAGAGGCAAGAGCUUAGAAUAAAGGAAUAUGCAGUAUAUAACCAAACAGAAAGGGCAAUGAAUUACAAAGACAACGAUCUGUAUUGAACAAGAAAUUACUGGGUUAAAUCUAAGAGUAGGAGAGAAAGGAGGACCCAGGUGCCAAACAUGAAGAAGGCAAGUGUGGCAAAAAGUAGAAAGACCUGUGAAGAUCCUAAGGGGGAUAGGAAGUAAAUAACUAGAAGCAGUACAGUAUGGCUAAUUCUCUUGGAAACGAGAGACAUGAAAAGGAAAGAGGAGAUUAAAGCACAGUUACUCCCUCUUUCAAGCUUAGAGUGAACAAGGGUUCAUUUUCCAAGGAAUGCUGUUGAUCACAAGGUUAUUACAGGUACCAGGAUGCUGAGGUUGCUUAGGUUAUCUCUUGGUGAAUCAACAACAGGAUCCUGAGGUAAGUGGAGCCCUUUUGGUGUGCAGAGUGAAAACACAGGCACUGCUAGGCUCCGUGUGCCUCUGGAUCCCUGACCUUUAAAAUGCCUCCCCAACUUUGCCUCCUACAAACUUCGUGGCAAAGUUGGAUGGGGCAUCUUGGCUCAGCAUUACCUAAGUUAUGUAUGCACUAGACCAAAAGAGUCGGUGCUAAAUGUUGCGUGUGUGUGCGCGCGCACACACAUAUAUAAAAUAAUUUCUUCUGCUUCCAAAAGCCAGGGAGGGACAAGAGAAGCAGGGGAUUGCAAGCAUGUGGGACUUGGAGAUGGAAGAAGGAUUUCAUCCUGCCUUGUUCUUUGUCCUCAGAAUUUCCAGGGCAACCCCAGAGUCCUUUGCAGCAUUUUAAUGGCUUUCCACUUGGCCAGCGCUUCACUGGCUCUCUAUGGGCAGGCCACAAAGUUCCCUGCACUAUAUUUAAUCAUUUAUGGGUAGAAGCUGUUGACACUGGCCAUGUUCACAGGUCAUGCUCAGCCAAACCAUGGCUCAGUGUAAAUGGGUGAAUGUACUGGCUCCCAAGAUGGAGUCUGCAGCUAUUCUCCAGACUUUUUAGGUCAGUGACAGAUAAGUCAAGGUUUAGCUUAGCUUGCUGUCCCAACCUGAGAUCUUGGUUAAGGUCCUUCCUCCUUAAGCACAAUCUAUACCCAAGGCUCAUCCUUUGGUUACAGGUAGUUGUGAAGAAGGCAAGCCUGGGCUCAGACAUAACACCAAGCCAAAACUUAGCUGCAGUCUCGCACUAAUCCAAAAAGCCAGGGAGGAACUAUGUGAGUGCCAACUUCUCUAUGGGAACAAGCACAUUUUUAUGCAGUCAUGGUAAACCAUACUAUAGUAAGUUUACUGUGAUGUGCAAACCAGGCCACUGUAUGGUUUAGUGUCUGGUCCAGGACUCAGACUUCCCACUAUCAGAAGAAGAGUUCCAGGAGUGCCAGCUUGGCCCACAACCAUGGGUGCCCAGGGCUGUGGGUGCCAUGCAGCUGAAAUUUGUGGGUGCCCAGCCCCUUCAUGGGGAAUUUUGUGGGUGCUCAGGUACCCAGGGCCCCAGGGAGCUGGCACCUUUGAAGAAUUCAGUGGCACAAAGGAUAGGGAAGACUCAGCUCAUGAGAGAGCUCCUGGAGGAACUGGUCCACCAAAAUUUCCCAUGAAAAGGGCAGGGUUAGCGAUACUUGCAACCUCUGUGCUGGAGGCAGCACUGGCUGCAGAAUAUUGCUGGAGAAACACUCUGCUUGUUGGUCUACCUCACACCUUUCCAACUUGACCACAUAUAACCAACUUCACAGCAUCUGUGGUCCUUCUCACUCCUCAGCCUGUCCUGGAUAGUUACUAUGCCAGGCCAAUUCUCCUUGCAGGAUUCAGGCUGGACAGAACAGCAAAAGAUAAAUGGAGCAAAUAUUAUAUGUAUCAGAUGUAAUGCAAUAACUAACAACAACAACGAUUCUUGUAGCACCUGGUUAAGUGGAAUCUAAUGUAUGAAAGUUUAUGUCAUAAUGAUUGUAUUAAGACUUUAAGUUGCUGCAGAACAGGGGUCAGCAACCUAAGGCCCAUGGGCCACAAGCGGCCCACGGGGGUCGUUUAGCCGGCCCCUGAACCGCCCCCGAACUGGUGAGUCCCUGUGUGCUGUGCUAAAGCAGCACAGUGUGGCGCGGGGACUCGCUUUCGCGGCACCAGAAAUUGCAUCUGCACAGACGCCGGAAAUCGCAGGUGCGCGUGUGAUCUGGCCACAGAGGGAUCUCUGCUGGAGUGAACCGGCCCAGGCAAGGUAAACCUUGCCGACCCCUGCUGCAAAAUAACAGAACCUCAACCUCUGGAAACUGUUUUACAGCCUAACCUUUCUGGAGAACCAAUGCCAUUGCUAAUUUACUUUCAGGCAUAUUUGCUCAUCCAUGUUGCUGCUGUGUAGCAAAAUGAUAAACUGGGUGGAGGCAAUUGCUCAAUAUUUGUACAGGGCAAUCACCUGCACCCAGGUGUUACCCAAACAUGAUAUUUCUGUAUCUUGGCCAAAAGUAUUUAGUAAGAUAGCAGGGCACAAAAUCAGCUCCAGGGUACCUUUGAAUGGUGCUGAGUUGGCUGUAUGAUGGUACCUCCUUGGGAUUCGCUUGUUAAAGAAAAAUAAUUCUGUGCCUUCGGGGAGACCGUAAUGUUGAAAAACAGAUGAUACCAUAGGAAAUCAAAUAGAAACAAGCAACUAAGACUGCCAUCUAAUAACAGCUUUGGGGGAAACAAGGUUGUGCUCACGGCCCCAAUCCAAAAAGCUGCAAGUUAAAACCCAAACUGUCAGUGAUUCUGAGCAUAGGUUAUGUAACCCCUUUGGAGAACAUUAUGUAAUUUCAGGUGUUUAUCACUCUGUUGGAUUCAGCCCAGGUGCCUUCAACAGAGGCUCAGACUUGCAUUAAGAAUGCUCUACUCAUUGUGGGACUAAACAUUUUGUCUUCAUCUGCUCGGCAUUUGUUCAGUGUUGACACUAAAGAGCAGUUCCUCCCUACAAAGGUUCUAAGCGAAUUGGCAGCUGCAUUUAAUAAUAAAUAAGUCAUAACAAGGUGGGGGGGGAUGGAAGACCAGUUGCGGAUUUGCUGUGCAUUGGGCCUGCCAAAGACAUCUUGCUGCCUGAAGCAAUAACAGGAAAUGACAGAUAUAGACAAGUCAAGGUGCAAAGCACUGUAGUGAAGUGUGUGAGACUUGUAUACGCACCAUCCACACUUUCAGCAUUUGUGUGUUUAGGCAAAUGCUGAAGGCUAUCAAUGGCUACUAGCCACAAAGGCUGUGCUCUGCCCCCAUGGCCAGAGGCAGUAAUCCUUUUUGUGGGAGUCACAAAAAGGAAAGGACGAUUUGUGUUCAUGUCUUGCUUGAGGGUUUCCCGCAGUUGGCCAUUGUGAGAACAGGAUACUGGACUAAGUACCUACUGGCCUGAUCCAUCAGAGCUCUUCUUAUGUCCUUACAUGUCUUCUCUCACAGUCAAAUUCCUCUCACAGGGUUGCUAUGAGAAUAAAAUGUGUGUUGGUAGCAAGUAAAAAUAUGUAUAUAAAGGAGAAUUCCCUGGGUGCCAAAACCCAGGUUUGGGGCAAGUGCUCUUUGGUGAGAGAAACCCAGCAGAGAUUUAAAAUCACAAAACAUGCAGCAAAGUACAGUGUUGAAAUAUAGGCUGUUAGGCCUUUAAAAUAUGCCCUUGUGAGUUCUAAAGUUCCCUUGUAGCAUAGAAAAACACCACACGUUUGGUAAGUUUAAAAAUGGUUUACUCGUGUGCUUUUCCAUACAUCAGUCAGAAAACACAGGCCGUAAAACUUGGCUUAGUUACAGUUAAGUGACAGUUCCUACAUAGCUGGUAUAGGAACUCAAGGGAGGCUUGUUAGAGCCAUGUGGUCUGAGCUUGGAGCAACUAAGAACCUCUUCACUCAUUGAGCUUCUCUGGUAGACUGAACGUGAACAAAGGCCUUGAUUACCUUCCUCCCAAAGUGUAGGAGAGUGACUUAGCUAAGCCUGGCAGGACAGCUGACUCUGUGGCAUUGACCCCUUCAUGCAUUAAUUAGACUUGAGCAUGUUGGUUAUAUGUGGCUGAUUAUCCCACAAUAUGGAGGGGAAACAAUGUUCUUGAGCUCUGUGGAGGAAGAGGGAAAUAAAGAUGAAAUUAGUGCUGUUCUAUUAUUACUACUACCAAAUUAUUAUUAUGGUUUGUUGUUGUUGUUGUUGUAAUAUCCAGUGGAGGAACUUAUGUAUUUCCCCUUUCCGUCUUUACACAAGAGGUGGCAAAUAGAGGCGAUGUGAUUCACUUGGGCUUUCCCUGUCACCACUUCUGUAUAACAUGUGAGGUCUGGCUGAGCCUGAGGUGAGGAGCAAACCUCUUCAAAAGUGGAUGGAGCCAAACUGAGAAGAGCCAGCUGGAGAAAUUGAAAAGGGUUGGAGUCCAAGGUUGGGAUGAAAGAGAGACAGAAAUAGAGAGGGAGGAUGGGCAACAGCAACGGUGUUGAAAGCCAGCAAGAACAUUUUGUGGCCACCUCCUCCUUGGGAAGUUUGCUAAAGCAGUGGAGAGUGGUGAAACUGCCGGGAUAAGAUUACUGUAAAAGCCAGUCCAGAAAGCUGACUGUUGAUUGGUGGCGAUGCUGAGGAACUGAAAUGGAGCAGCAGAAUCAAUGGCUGAUGCUAUGCCAGAGUAGAGGCUGGGAUGAAGUCUGACCAGUGGCGCCAUACCGCCUGCUGCGGCAGAGAUUGUGCCAACACAGAGUGACCCUUCAGGCCUGGCUUUGUGUGUUUCUGAGGCAGUGUAUUGGUUCAGGUCAUUAGGAAACUGACAAGACUUCCUUAGUUACUGGUUUUGUAAGAGAACAAUGAAUCCUUCUAGGUCCAGUCCUGCCACUGAGGCAAAUUUUCCACCACCAAGUGCUUUGACUGAGGACUAUAGGAUUAGAACACUGGGCAAAUUGAGCUUUCCUCAGGGGCUCAAAUGUGGCAACAAUUUCUAAUAGUUUGUUCGGAGUGCAGAGCCAAGCCAGACUAGUAUAACCAGAGAAUAUAGCUAGAUCCACAAAUUGCUUCUUUGUUUUUGUGCUGCAGCAAACCCCGUUUGAAAAAUAUGUGUUAUUUCCCACUACCACGUAUCCUCUUGAGUAAAGAAAAGUACAUGAAGUUAUGGUUGGGUUUUAGAGUGGCUCUUUGUUAAUUAUGAAUAAAGUAGAAAUGCUGAGCUUGCAACAAGAAUGUGAAUGGUUUGCUAUCUGUCUCUUUCUGCCUAAUUUAGCCCUUGCAUACCGUAGGUUAGGUGAAGAUGUUUCAAUAAGGCCGCACAGAGUGGGCCAUAGCCAAUGUCAUAGCUCCGGUAGUGCAACAGAGCUUCCUCUUCCUCUCUUGCCUCCUCCAGCCCUUUGCAUGCCCUCAAAAGCUGCUCCAGAGGGUAUGGGGACCCUUCAGAGUAGAUUUUGCAGGUGUGUGAGGGGAGGUGGAGAGCCAGUGUGGUGUAGUGGUUAAGAGCGGCAGUCUCGUAAUCUGGGGAACCCAGUUCGCGUCUCCGCUCCUCCACAUGCAGCUGCUGGAUGAUCUUGGGCCAGUCGCACUUCUCUGAAGUCUCUCAGCCCCACUCACCUCACAGAGUGUUUGUUGUGGGGGAGGAAGGGAAAGGAGAAUGUUAGCCGCUUUGAGACUCCUUAAGGGGAGUGAAAGGCGGGAUAUCAAAUCCAAACUCUUCUUCUUCUUCUUCAAUAGAACUUGUCCAGCACAGCAUUGGAUACAACCCAAUGUUUGCUCAGUUCCAGUCUGGGCUGAAAUGGUUCUGGGGAGGGGGGGCAUUAUGUGAAGGCUCAACUUUGUUUUGUUUCUCUCCAUGGCUGUUUUUGCCAUCUUCUGCUGUUAGAGCACCAUUGGUGCCAUUGUCUCCAAGAUCCCGUUCCUUGAAAUAGUAAUAUGAUUUAUCCUAGCCAAUCAGAGAACACGCGAAUGUGCUCACAAUGUGAUGCUCUGUUGUGAAAAAGAUCUGGUUGCAAGGAAGAUCAGCUUGUCUGAGAGCACACAGCCAAUUGAGUGAGGGGGCAAUGCUUUCCGUAUCAGCAUUGCCCUCACUCUGAAGAGACAGUCCCAGGGUGUGGUCUGAAGGUAGACAAGGACGCCGCCUUGCUGAAGCUAAGCAGAUCUGGGUUGAGUCAAUUACUGGAUAGGUGACCUCUUGGGAACCACAUCUUUGCUAACUUGGGCUUCAUAAUGGAAGCAAGGCCAGAAUAGAAAAGUAAGUUAAAAAAACAAAUAUACAAACCAGUUCCAUAUUAUCUACAUUGACUGGUAGCAUCUUUCCCUGAACAUACCUGGGAUUGAAGUGGGCUUUUUGCACCAAUGAACUCUGCACCCUUAACCUUCCAAGGACCCUCAAGUUUCAUUUAUUUGUUUGUUUGUUUGUUUGUUUACUCACUCAAUUUGUACUUCACUUUUUGGUCUGGGCCAAACCCACAAGGUGGCUUACAAUAAAAGCAACAUGCAAUUUUAAAAAAUCACAAUAGAAAUACUAAAACAACUUUAAAUUGCUGGGUUCCCCAGAAAGCCACUGUAGUAAUCAGCUUGCAAACAUUAUAAUCUUACUGCAUGGAGGGCUUUCUUUUUUGUAUUGACUCAUGCAACACAACAGUUGGGGAAGAUGACUUCACUAGAUACUUCAGUGUUCAGGUUAAAAUUUGUCAUCCUUCUUUUUAAGGCAUUUCAAAUUGCGCAGAUCUGGCAGUUGAAUGAAUCAUUCCUUUAUCUCUUUUGAUUUGGAGAUUGGCAAGAUAAUGUAUUUCACAUGUGGGUUGUUGCUGUUGGUGCUUUUAAUCUAGAAAGUAUUCCUGGCAAUCUGAAACCCGAGUAUUUUUCUGAUGUUAUACCCAUUGAAACAAAUGGUAUCUGUACUGUGUUUUAUUCCUAUUUUAUUCUUGGGUGAAGCUUUGCAGAUGGAAAGCAAGUAACUGAACACAUUCACCAUCUGCAGAAGCUGAUGAAUUUUGCAGGCAACUUGCUGUCAAUUUUCUUUGAUGUGCAAAACAGCUCCUUCACCACCCAGGGCAAACUAGGUAGGAUAACUCACUAGCCAUAUGCUAAUAAUAAAUAAAUAAAUAAAUAAAUAAUACUAUAUUAAUGCAGUGCAGUCUUGUAUGUCUAAUCACCCGUCAGCCGCUCUGAGUUGAAUGGGGCUUACUCCCAGGUAAGUGUGUAUAGCAUUGCAAGUGUAAUUUCUUAUACCUCAAUGAUGCAUAAUUUAGAGGUGUUGUCUCAUCUUGGGUACAAGUUAAAUUUUGUUGUAUUUAGUUUGGGUAGUUAUCACAAGAAAACACACUCUCUUGUCCAGCUUCCCAGCCUGGGGAUGGAUACAUAAACAUACGUCUUGAGAAUGGAAUAGGUGGUAUAAUACCUCUUAGCCUUUAAGUAAAUCUUAGUGCUUACAUUGCUGGAUUCUUGGAAGCUUACAUUGCUGGAUUCUCUUCUGUAAAGAGAGCAAAUCCCUGUUUUGACUUGAUCUCGUUAAAUGUUAAACCUUGGUGAAAAUGUUACAAGAGAAUGUACACUGCUGCAUACUGCUAAUGACUGGAUAGCUCCGUUCCUCCUCUCCCAUUAUUUCCCAACUUCUCCUUCAUCUCCCUCAAACCCCUGUUGUAAUUCUGAACUGUCUUCUUCUUCUCUGGAAGGGUCAGGCUGGAGAGGCAGUCUCCACCAUUCCUCCUCUGCUCAGUCCCUGACACCACCAGAACAAUUGUCCCCUUCACCAUUUCUUUGUGGUCUUGAGUUGUGCAAGUACAGAAGUAGCCACUGUGAUGCCCUCUAGAGCUGUUUGGAGAUGUAGACCACAACACCUGGAGAACACAAGGUUAACUACCCUUGUCCUAUCUUAUGCCGCCUGCUCAAAGUGCAAAGCUUCCAGUUAGGAGGUUCUGGGUGUGCUUCACAGCUUUAGGAUGGAAUAUAAUCUGUUCUUUAUGACGAUGGUUGUUGUUGUUUAGUCGUUUAGUCGUGUCCGACUCUUCGUGACCCCAUGGACCAGAGCACGCCAGGCACUCCUGUCUUCCACUGCCUCCCGCAGUUGGGUCAAACUCAUCGUAGCUUCGAGAACACUGCCCAACCAUCUCGUCCUCUGCCAUCCCUUUCUCCUUGUGCCCUCCAUCUUUCCCAACAUCAGGGUCUUUUCCAGGGAGUCUUCUCUUCUCAUGAGGUGGCCAAAGUAUUGGAGCCUCAGCUUCAGGAUCUGUCCUUCCAGUGAGCACUCAGGGCUGAUUUCCUUCAGAAUGGAGAGGUUUGAUCUUCUUGCAGUCCAUGGGACUCUCUCCAGCACCAUAAUUCAAAAGCAUCAAUUCUUCGGCUAUCGGCCUUCUUUAUGGUCUAGCUCUGACUUCCAUACAUCACUACUGGGAAAAUCAUAGCUUUAACUAUACAGACCUUUGUCGGCAAGAACUGUGGAUUUUGGUUGUAUUUCAUCUUUAAUUUUAUUUUUACCACUCGGAGAGCUUUUCUGAUGAAGCAGUUUAAGAACCUUCUCAAUAAAAAAUAAUAAAUUUGGUUCCCAAAGAUCAGACCAGUGGCACCCUCCAGGUAUUGUCAGACUCUAACUCCCAUCAGCCACAGCCAACAUGACCAAUGGCCAUAGCAUGAUGGGAGUAGUAGUCCCAGAACAUCAGGAGGGCACCUACCCCUGUAUCGGGCACUAGGGUGGAGCGUGGAAAAGACAAAAUCCAUGCUAGGAAUUGGAAAUAAAGCUGCCAAUACCAUCAGGUGGCCAUACAUAUCUAGGGUGCCAAGCUCAUUUGGAAUACUCUUGCCUCACCUCAAAGAGGGUAUUAUAGAGUUGGAAAAGGGCAACCAGAAUGACCAAGGGAAUGGAGCAGCUCCCCUAGGAGGAAAGGUUGGUGGUUUGGGGACUUUUUAGUUUAGAGAGAAGGCAAAUAAGAGGUGAACGACAUGAUAGAAGUUUAUAAAGUUAUGCAUGGAACAAGAAGAUUGGAUUGCAGGCUGGAUGUUAUCAGUCACCCAUGCAUUUCAAAACUCCUUUUUCCCUGCAGUGUUUGGCCAGCCAUAGACAUCCAUGAUAGACUAAUAGAAUUGCAGAGUUGGAUGGGACCACGGGGGACAUCUAGUCCAACCCCCCUGCAGUGCAGGAAUCUUUUGCCCAAUGCGGGGCUCGAACCCACGACCUUGAGAUUCAUGCUCAACCAACUGGUCUAUCCCACUAUGGCUUUAGGGUUAAAUAUUCCCUCUGCAAUCUCUCGCUCUUUAAGGCGUAUCUACGGUGAGGGUUUUUUUAGCUUGACUAAUGGGCCCAGUAGUGUCAAGGCCUGCAUGUCCAUCAUAAUUUAUUUAUUUGCAUUUCUCAUGUUGGAAAUACCUUGGCAAUAUGUGCUAUUUUUGCUACAGCGCCAAGUGCCUCUUCUAGCUUCAGAGGCUGUUCAAAGCACCUCUUAAAAUGAUCCAAACAUGUCACACUCUUUCCCUCUGCCCCCCCUUUUUUGUACAGGCUUAUAAAUUGUAAGCUUUGCUUGCAGGCAUCAAAGCUGUCAGCAAGCAAGUGGCACAAAUGUUUGGUUUUUUCUGUAGGGAAAGUAUAGAGUCACCAAGAAGAUGAGAAAAUUGGAGCAUAUUAGAUAAUAUUCUUUCCUCCCCAAGCUCCAAGGCUCCUUUUGAGAGUUAGUAAAGGUAAAGGGGCCCCUGACCGUUAGGUCCAGUCAUGGACAACUCUAGGGUUGUGACGCUCAUCUCACUUUAUUGGCCGAGGGAGCCAGCAUACAGCUUCCUGGUUAUGUGGCCAGCAUGACUAAGCCGCUUCUGGCGAACAAGAGCAGCACACAGAAACACCGUUUACCUUCCCGCUGGAGCGGUACCUAUUUAUCUACUUGUACUUUGACAUGCUUUUGAACUGCUAGGUUGGCAGGAGCAGGGACCGAGCAACGGGAGCUCUCUCUGUGGUGGGGAUUCAAACCGCUGACCUUCUGAUUGGCAAGCCCUAGGCUCUGUGGUUUAGACCACAGUGCCACCUGCGUCCCUUUGAGAGUUAGUACAUGUGUUUAUAUACCAACAAAGACUUGUGGAAGCAGCAGAGGGUACAAACGCCUAAAUGCCGCAUGGUCUUCAACACGUUCCCCCUCGUAUGUUCCUCCUCCUCCUCCUCCUGUCAGGUUGACAUUGCAUAUAUAGGCUCUGCUCCCAUUCCCCUCCCCAGGGACCUAAGCCAUCUUAUAUGUAUAAUAUGUAUGUAUUCAUAGUUCGUUUUUCCAUAAUUUUAUUUGUACGCCACUUUCCCCAAAAAGAAUCAUGCCAAAAGCAGCUUGCGACAGAUAACAACAGGAAUGCAACUCAAAACCAACCCACACAAGAACAAUGUCCAUAUUACAUAAUAGAACAACAAUGUAAUAGCAAAUAUAGCAACAUGUUUUUUUUAAAAAACAAAAACCUAACUUUUCAGUAUUAUAAAUGCAACAAGAUUACAUUAACAACAUUACACUUUCUGGCAACAGCAAAAAAAUGAUGAGGGAGCUUGACAGUUUCAGCUGGGUCCUAGGAGCCGUGAUGUUGCUCACAGUCCUGCAGCAGCUUCUUAUAAGACUUCCAUGGGUAAGGGAUGGGGAAGCUGGAAACACCUCUCUCAUGAUAGAAGCAGAAGAGUUGGAAGGGACCCGUUGUGUGUCACUUCUGGUGAUGGAGAAAUGGAGACGGGCAAGGCAGCAGGGAGCUUGAAGUGGUGCGGGCAUCGUGUCAGGAGUGCCGAUUGGCACUGCCACACUGCCUGCACAACAGCAGGCUCCCUGCUGCCUCACCCUUCUCUCUCUCAGUAAACAUGGAGCCUUGGAAAUCCAGGUCCGUAAUAUAGCCCUAGCCAUGACUGGGUCCUUCUCAUCAUUUUCAAGUCAACAAAUCCUUUUUUAAAAACUGGAGGUUGAACUAGCUGAUCCCUCUAUCUCCUAGUUUUCGAUGUGGAGGGGUAGGCAGGGAGACAGAAAUUUAAAGUAUGGAAUAACAUUGUCAUAUGAAGGGGGGGCCUGCAGCAAUCUGAAGUAGAAUAGCACCACCUCCUCAGUGGGAAACAGGCAAAUGUGAGCCAGAGACACUCUCAAAGGCUGGAGGAUGAAGGAGGCUGUAAAUGGGGGGAGGGUAGUGCAGAUAAAUGUGAAGGGCUGGAUUAGUAUUAUUACAUUUACUGGUAAGUAUUGGCUUGAAAUAACCAGCCAAGUCUUUAGCUGUUGGAGGCCUGCCUGUAUAAUAAACUCCCUUAGCUGAGAGCAUUUCUUAUCAGGAUGUCGCUAGGGCUUGCCGGUGCCUAAUCUGAAAAGUGACAGCUCUCAUGCGCUACACCCUUCGGAGAUCCUUUCCCCCUGUCAAUCAUUCUGCCAGUUGGGGAAGAAUUACACAGGGUUUCUCUGAUUAGUUUCCCUUCCCGAUUAGCAUUCAGUUGCACUUAGGGGAUUAAGUUCUUUGUGCUAUGGUUUUGCCACCUGCACAUAUCAUCCUAAUGCGGCUCUUAGGAUUUGUACUGAUGCACGUGGACUACUUUGUACUGACAUCUGCAUUGCUGAAUCAAGAAGAAACAAGGCCAGGUUUACCCCUGAUGUGUUGAUUCUGGUGACCUUCAUCUCACGGAAUAGGAUUUCUGAAAGCUUCGGCUAUUAAGAGAACUAGGGUACCUCAAUCAUCAGAAGAACAUAUAUAGAUCACUUCCAGGUGACCUGUUUCUUACGCGUUCAUCCUGAUUUAUUUGUACAAAGUUUUGGGGACGUUAUAUGACACCAGUCAUUUCUUGAGCAUUCAUUUCUAUUUGUUUUGUGGGAAGGUUAUGCAAUGUCACAUUUUUUGCAAUUGUUAUCCCGCACUUUCCAGUGUGGUUUUCUUACCACAAAGAGUCUCCCUUUGGAGGUGGAAGGAAACAUGUUUGGUGCCCCAGAAUGCCAAGUACACAUCUCCAGGAAGCCAGAGAAAGAUGCGUCGCCACAAUUUCUAGACCCAAAUCUGCUUCUCUUUAGCUUGGUCCUGGCCCCGUGUGCCUUCAGACCAUCCUCUGAGACGGAGAGCUCCUUAAAUCAUUGUGCCAAACUCUAAUGCAAACAGAAUACAGAAGGCUAAACAAAGUGACUCAUGGAUCUUACUAGCUCAAGGCUUUUCUGCAGAUUAGCCCGAAAGACCCAAGGGACCAAAUGUAAUUUUCUUUGUUCUUCCUGCUCCCGCUAACCGUUUGCAUUACAUUCUGGCAUUGGCUGCUUCAAGGCAAUCUUGGCUUGGACGGUGGCAGGUGGCAUUAAAAGGGUUCUGCACCGAGCAAUAUUGCCAAGAUGGCUUGAUUUAAGUGGCUCGGAUAUCAAAGAGCUGCUUCUUCAUUAGAGCACACAUUUCGGUGAUUAAAUAAUGGCCCAGUGCUUGAUUAGCAUGGUGCUGCUGCUCUAUGUAACAUCGUUCUAGCCUAAAUGUAAUUACUUUAAAAAUAGCAGCAAGGAAUCAGAUCGUUAUGGUGUUAUAAAUGAAUAACACUGUGGCGGGAAGCCACCCAAACCACAGGCCCAUGAAAAGGAUGGGGGGGGGAAGGGGGAGCCGUAAAGGCAAGAGAUGCUGCAAGAUGCUUUUUAUAGCUGGAGGCAGCAGCAAAUUAGUCAUGAACUGUCAAUGGGAUAUUGAAGCAAAGACCAAAAGAUACAAAAGGACAGAGUCACAGGGAAAGGCAAAUGAAAGGAGGAGGGAUGCUUCUGCUAGGCAGAGAAAUGUGAUUCUUGCUUUUAGCUUCCAAAUAAUCUAAAAGCUCUUUUAACAAAUGGACCUAGUGCUUGUUUAGUGGGUAUUCAAUGGAAGGGGCUGCCUCAAAGGUGUAAUGCAGAGGUUUGCAACCUUUUGGAGUCCACGGCUCCCUUGACCAACUACAUUCUUUCUGCGGCACCCCUGUGGGGCACAGGAGCCCAGUUAUGUCACCCCUUGCCUGCAGAGCCAGCAGCCCCUCACCCCUUUUCGAACACCCUCCCUUGUGGAGUGUUCCCUCAGCCUCCUCGCCUCCUCCCUCUCCUUGGGAGUCCUCUGGGCAGCUGCCGCCACCGCCCCUGGUCUCCGAGCCACCCCGCCCCCUGCCCAAAGAGAGGUGCCUCCUCACACCACACCACCCUGGAAAGAGGAUGCCUCCAUCCUUAGUGGCCCAACAGAGACUGGCCAAAGGUGAACGUGAGGCCAGCAUCUUACUCACCUUGGGAGGCAGCAGUGGCAGCAGCCAUGCAAGCCUUUGGGAGGCAGAGACGCAAGAGGGCAUCAGAGGAGGGGUGGAAGGAAAGAUGCCAGUGUUGCCUGACCAUCAUUCAAGGCACCCCAGGGUGUCACAGUGCUGAAAACCGCUGGUGUAUGGGGUCUUCAGCAAGGGACCAGGCAGUGACAGCAACUCUCCACUAGGUGGACCAGGACAGCCCUAUCAUUAGAGACACAAGGCCCCUUCAAACUGGGUUUUUAUUUUCAUGGGUUUAUUCUGAGACAUGCCAUUGGUGCAAUAAUAGUACAGUGGUACCUCGGGUUAAGAACUUAAAUUGUUCUGGAGGUCCAUUCUUAAACUGAAAUUGUUCUUAACCUGAGGUACCACUUUAGCUAAUGCAGCCUCCCACUGCCACCGCCACACCGCCGCCAUGCGAUUUCUGUUCUCAUCCUGAAGCAAAGUUCUUAACCCGAGGUACUAUUUCUGGGUUAGCAGAGUCUGUAACCUGAAGUGUCUGUGACCUUCAGUAAGUUCGCUCUUCCUAAUCUACAGUUACAAUAAAAUUCUGGGCCAUAAUCCCAGUGGUUGUAAAUCAGUGUAGCUGCUGAAUCUGCAAGAGACCAAAUAAUCCCAGCCUGGCCCACGGUCCUGUCCCCACCACGUCCAACACACAAGGCUGCUUCUGAGGUGCCGUAUAGCUUCUGCUGUUAAGGCUGGAAGGCGCUCCACAAAAAUGACUGGUAGAAGUCAACAAUUGAUGAUUUCAGCCCAUCGGAAAAGGAACAGGAGACUUGGGAGUGACCAAUGGCACACUGGGAUUUGGGCAUGGAUAAGCCUCAUGAAGUUUCAACUUUUACACAUGCUCAGUUUGAGCGCUUCAAUUGCACUCAUAUUAAGGCCGUGUUGACCACUUUAAAAAUCAACCAGCAGUCUUUCAACUGAUGAACAAACUAAUGUUUGUGCCCCCUUCUCUGCAUUUUUCUAGUUCAGAACAUCCCCAAUAUGUUCCUGCAUCAAUUUAGUUCCCAUGGCAGCAUGUUACCAAGCUAUCAACACUCUUUCAUCAAGUACAGGUAUUGCCUCAAGGCAACCCACACAGAGAGCCCUACUCUCAAGAACCUGAUAGGAAAUGGAUAACAUUUUCUCUUUUUUGCAGUUUCUACCACCAACCAUAGCAUGUAGGAAUGUAAAAAAAAACCCUCAUGGGCUUCAGGGUGCAUGUUUCCUUGGCCCUUCUGCCAAGCAGGCAGGGGUAGCCUGCCAACUCUGCCCAAGGCUGCUGUGGUUUAAAGGACAAAGUCAAACCCUGCAUCUUGGGGUUACUCCAGACAACCUAUGUUGUCUGGAGUAUUGUCACAAUUCACCCUGUUUUGUUGGCACAAAGCUUAUGCAGAGGUUAGACUAUGGACACUUCCAGAUUACCUGGUUUCUGUUUGCAGGGAGAUUAAACCAUGAUGGCUAUUCAAUGAGCAUUCACUCUGAUUUGUUCAUGGGUUGCCUAUGCAACAAUAUCCCCAUCACCUUCCUUAUCUCAAAAAGUCCAAUCUUUUGAGGAAGCUGGUUUGUUGUGCAAGACCUCCCCAGUCAACUAUAACUGUGCAACCUGCAUUUUCUGGCAUGCGGCCGAAUCCCACCAGAGAAUAGCCACAGUCUGGGAGCGCCCUAUAUCUCGUCUUUGCAGAUCAUUCAUCCAGCUUUGCUUGCACAAAGCUGACGUGUCGGUUAGACUAUAUCUGGUCUAUAUUGAGCAUUAUUCUAAUUCAUUUGUGGGGAGGUUAUUCAACAGUGAGUGUUCAUCUUGAUUUGCUGGUGUGGUGUUUACACAUCUUCCUGUUAAUCCUUCAUCCACCCUACACUUUUCAGGGCUUCCCCCCAUCACAUUUCUAACCACAAAAGGUCCAUUCUGUUUUUAAAGUACUGUAGAUUUGAUGCACCAAGGUAACCGAGUGCUUUGAUACACUUUAACUGCACAAAUCUAAAGUUCUGGAGUGAGCUUGAAUCCCUGUUCUGUUACUUGCCACCUGCUAUAUCAUUAGUAAAAAAUCAUCUGAAUUGUGGCAAGUACAGCAGAGAGCAUGCAAGAGAGUGGCUCAGAAUAAUGUACCUGGGACCCUUUGCCAGAAUCGGUGGUUUCAGAUGUCCACUGUCUUAACACCUUCCAACAAUUGCAACUGAAAAACAGGUAUUCCUUCUUUCAUUUAAUGGAUCUCUCAGGCACGGAGUAAACUGGGCUUCAUAAUUUUCAUCCUUUGCAAAUAAGUAAUGGCUAGCAGUUAAUAAUAACACAGUGGUGUGAAACAUACCUUAGGAAACCUGAAACUGGCAAGAACUUGACUCCAAAACUCAGCCCAGUUUUUUCCAAGAAGUUUAUUAUUAUGGUCUGCAAACUGGAGCCAAUUGUCGGCAAGGUCUCCAGCAAAAUUGCUCUCAGAAAGGGCGGUGCCCUGCAGAGUCUGCUCAUUUCUGGUGGAAAACAUGGCAAGGAGAAUGUUUUCAGUGGAGAGACUCCCAUUUGAGCUUGAAACCCAAUGUCAACUCAGGGAAUUUGAACCCACAGAAAGCAAGCUCAGGAAACUGGCUCCACCAUAAUCCCUGUGAAAGAAAACUGCUGAGUGUCGCUCAGUUCCAGUUUGUCAAAUGUCCUUGUUUUCCAUCUACCUUCCUAUGUAGUUAUGAAACAUAAACUUUAAUUAUAACUGACCAAUUUGAAUAAAUAAUGCCAUGAACAUUUUACCGUUUUUGAGGUGAAGGGCCUUGCUGGACCCUCACAUACAUUUAUCUAUUUAUUUCUUGUUUUCUUGUUUGCAUUUAUAUCCCACCUCUCUCCUCAAGGAGCUUGAGGUACAUGGUAAUACUCCUCAUCAUUUAACUACCACAACAACCCUAUGAGGUAGGUUAGGCUGAGAGUGACUGGCCUGCAAGGUCACCAAGUGAGCUUCACGGCUGAUUUGAACCCUAGUCUCCCAGGCCCAAGUCCAACACACUAACCGCUGUACCACACAGGCUGUCUGCAGCAAUCUCAGCAUCUUUCCUACUGUCCGGGAACUGAACAUCAAAUUAUCCAUCGACCAUAGGGCAGGCCCAAAUGUGAGGCCCUCUACUGGGUAAAUGAGUCCCUCAUUCUCAUGACGGGCACCUGCUAGAAAGUUCCUAAUGGGUUAAGAGAGCAAGAGUCGUUUUUCUUUUCCUUUGUAAACCACCGUCUUUUCUUCGAACACAAUAUAGGGCUACGGCUGAUUAUGUUUCUUGAGGCGAACCGUAUCCGCGCUUGUAUGAAAGGAGCAGACAGGCCUGUGCAUGCAGCGAAGCCAUAUGCCUGAGUGGCAUCUUGGCCUUUCUGAGGAGACAAAGUUAGCACGUAGGCCCUCUGUUUGCCACACGUCAGACUUUGCAUAGCAUUGUGUGGCUUUUUUGUUGCUUUGACUAAGCUCUGACCUGCUGACGGCAGGCUUGCCAAACACGCUCUGGGGGAGCGAGGCAGUCUUGGCAGGGUGGGAUGUUUGGCUAAUUCUGUACAUGCGCACAGACCGUUCCCCAAAGCGGGCAUUCUUGCAUAACAACACAUUGCAAGCAGACUUGGUGCCGGCUCGCCCAGUUGGUUCUUCUAAUAAAAGACCCAAAGGCUAUAUAAGAGCGUAAGAAGAGUCCUGCUGGAUCAGGCCAAUGGUACAUCUAGUCCAGAAACCUGUACUCAAAGUGGCCAACCAGAGGCCCAUGAGGAGCCCACAAGCAGAACCAGAAUACAACGGUACUUUCCUCACAAUUCCCAGCAACUGGUAUCCAGAGGCAUUAGGCCUUUGGCAGCAAAGGUAGAAAAAUAAGAUAAGGAUCCCCAUUUUGAAAUGACCAGGAAACAGCUUUAAACCAUCAGUCAGCCGUGCAACUCACUGGGUGCCCUCAGGGAAGUCGUCUGCCUCAGUCUGACUGACCUCCGAUUCUAGUGAGGCAGAAGCUGUGCUCUGGGCUCCUUGGAGAGAUGAUAGAACAGAUACAUCCAUAAAUAGUCCUGUCGUGAGGCAAGACCAUCCAGCACGCAAAAAUAUGAAGGGCAAAACCAAUUUCAGACACACACACAAACCCAAAGGCAAAUUCCCUAUGAAGAAAACUGUGUGAUUUCUUUGCAAACAUGCCCCAGUUUUUGGACUUUUGCUUUUCCAAUAUGCAAAGAAAUUUCUUAUUCAGGGGGGAAGGAAGUGCUGGGCUGGAAUGCUCCCACCCACCUCCAUUCAGCAUUUUUGCAUGCAGUCCCAUUCAGCAUUUUUUGGAGUUAGUGGGUGGGCAGAUAGGGAUGAAUUUCAAGCAUAGGGGCAAAACUGAUCAAUGGUCCUCCUAGUGCCUUGUGGCCAACACACACACACACACACACAGAGAGAGAGAGGGGGGGCUGUUGUGUUGUUCUGGGCAUUCUGGGGAGAAUUUUGUUCAAGGUAAAUUAUUUUGUUGCUUAACUACCAUUUUAAUGUCCUUGCCGCUAUCUAACUAUUUUGGAACUGUUUUUCAGUUUGGAAACUCAUGGGGAAAUGCAUGGAAAAGUGUGGGAUGAAUGACUGGUUAAUGGGGAAGGCGUGUAAACACUCUGAGCAAAUUGGGAUGAAUGCUCAUUGUUAUGUAACUGCCCCAUAAACCAAUAAGAACAAAUGUUCAAUAAACAGGGCAUAGUUUAACUCCUGCAUAAACAUUUUACAAGCAGAUCAGGAUGAAUGUGCAAUGAACAGGUCAUCUGUAACUGCCCUGAGAAGUGGGCUAAUAUACAGAGAGAUAUGUGUGUGUGUUUCUGUGUGUGUGUGUGUGUGUGUGUGUGUGUGUGAAAUAAAUAUUCUAAACAAACGAAUAUCAUAUGCAUUUGAAGUAGCAUCAUGAACUAAUACGAUAUUAAUGAAAUCCUAUGUAGAAAUCUUUAUUCUUUCUCCCAGCCACAAAUGCUUAUACUACAAGCUCAUUAUGGCUAUGGUCUUUAUUGAGAUUUAAUUCUGAUUUGUUUGUGCAGCAGCAUUCUUCCUGAUUUGCUUGUAGGCUAUUUGUUUGUCUUCCCAUUGAUUCCACACCUUUUGUUGUGUUUCCUCAUCACUUUCUUAACUGCAGAAAUUCUGUUGUUGGUUUUCGUUUUUGUUGUUUUUGUUCUUUAAAGCGUUUGUUGUACUAGGGUGGCACGGCACUUUAAUUGUGGAAACUUAAAUUUCCUGGUACAUGCUUGAAUCCCUCCUGGAAAACAUCGAGAGUCUGGAGGAGUCCCUUCAGUGUGGAGAUGAACAUAUCUGUGCAGGAAGGGGCAUCCAAGACCCCAGAGCUGAAAGCUGAAUCAGAACAUUCCUGCUGUCAAAUUGUGGGCAACGAUAAAGGAAGCAAAAGUUCCACUGGUUGAGCACAGAGGUAGACAGACUGCGGACUGUAGAUUCUUCACAGCAGUUUAAAUGUGAAACAAGAAGAGUGGAUGAAGGAACACUGGGAAGCUCAGGGGCAGCUGGAGACCACUCACUUGAGAUCAGCAAACCCUCAAAUAUAUCAAGACCCCAUGCCAGGCUUUUCUGACUUCUUUUGAGCAAGUUGUGCCAGAGGCUCCAGGACAAAUGGGCUCCACUCGCUUUUGUUGAUGAUUAUUUUGAUGUCACUGUGAUGUCACAGCUUGUUGUGGUGCAGUGGUUAAGGUGCUGGACCAGGGUUGUAAUCCCCACCAUGCCAUGAAGCUCACUGGGUAAUCUAGGGACAAUCAGAGUACCCUAACCUAACACACUCACAGCGUUGUCUUGAGGAUAAAAAGACGAGGGGGAAACCACAUCCCCUAUGCUGAGCUCCUUGGACAAAAUGUAGGGUGUUAUGGACCAUUUUUAUUCUCUGAUUCUUGGGGGGCUCUUUGAGUCAUAACAGUGGAAUGAAAAUACCUUGUGAAAGAAAGUGAAAGGCAAGGCAAAUAUAAGGAUUUCCUUCUCGGGCUGAAUUUAUAAUGAAGCUAAUAGUUAUGGUUAGACAAGAAAUUAGACGGGGAAAUUUUGUACCUCCCUGGGGUUUUUUAGGCUCUUCUGUAAGUUGGUUCAUAAACUAGCCAUUCUCCAUGCCGUCUUCCUUUGCCAGUAUGAGCUGGGUCUUUGGCAACUUGGCUUUGGGUUUUGUUGGCGUUACAUAAUGGGCCUUUUAAAUUUCUUUGAGCACACCAGCAAAUAUCUGCCAGUGUUAACCAAGAAAAAUAAAUGAAAUAGCUACUCAAACUGAAGUAUGCACAAGUUAGCUAAUGCACAAAGUAUUCUUCUUCUACGGACAAAUGUGCCAUUUAGCAUCCAAAAAGGAGAAGAUGGGGCAUGGUCAGUAACUAUAUAGUCCUGGUGCAACUGCAUAGUAAUUUUGUGUUCCUCCAGAGUUAAACAGCUUGGUAAUUAUAUUCGAUGGUUCCCAAAAUAUCAUUUAACACGUGUCCUGGUUUGUAAGCCUAAAAUAAUUAGGAGUUUGCUUGGUGAUUACAUGGUACUUACCACAUAUAUGUUCUGCCAAUGCAUGAUCGUUAUAUACCCUGUUAUUAAAUGAUCACCAAUUUCGCAGGUCAUAGAAAGGAUUUCUAAACAUAUCCCUCCCUCUCAUAUCUAUUGAGGCUUUAUUGGAAAACCAGUGCACUCCUUCUCAGGGUGAUUUUUCUAAAGGGAAACUUCGGAGAUUGCAAGUCCUUUAGGUGAUCUCCAAGCAGGCUUGCUCUCCUGGAGACAUCUUGGGCUUUGAUUUGUAAAGGGAGAAAGGUUUCAAAGGGCUGCCCCAAUUGCCAGCCUGUUUACUCUCAAGUAAUCAAAUUCUGUGGGGUUUAUUUCCAAGAAAGAAGAGUACACUUACUAGGCAGUAAAUUCUAUGGAACUUAGAGGGAAUUUGACCAUUUCAUUUCUCAUUUUUCCAGUUCAGUUUUCUACAUUACCUCACCAAUCUGAGACAGAGAUAGAUGAUAGAUAGAUAGAUAGAUAGAUAGAUAGAUAUACACCAUAUUUUUCCAUGUAUAAGAUGAUAUUUCCCCCCCCCAAAAAAAUUAAGUUUAAAUUGGGGGUUGUCUUAUACACUGAAUGUUGCAAUUAAAUAUAGAAAUAAAUACAUGCCGCCAUCCAUAUUCUUUUCCCCCAGCCUCCCCUCACUAUUGGCCUCACGACAAACCCUGGUCUGGUACUCCUCCCCCCCCCCCAGCAGCCCCCACUCCAGACAUUGUCCCUUCCACCCGGUUCCCUCAGCCGCCCCCUGGCUAGCCAGACCCCCCCAUUCCCCAAGAACACUCACUCAGGCAGCUCUGGCAGUUGCAGCUCCUCGAUCAGCAUUCGUAUCUGCUGGCGCUUGUGGAGUAAAUACAGUACAUACCAUAAACACUGAGACAAAAGUGCAACAGCCAGGCAGGAGAGCUGGAGCUGGAGCUGGAGCUACAGUGGAGUUACACUGAGCUGACAGGAGCAGCCACCAUUACACAGCUUGCCUCGCUGUUUGAUGUUUACGGUACUAAAUAUACCGGUGUACUAAAUAUUUAAUAAAAUAUCAAAGUUGUUCUGUUUGGUGUUUAAAAUAUUUAUUUCUUAAUUUUGGGCUCAAAAAAUAGGGGUCAUCUUAUACAUAGGGGCGUCUUAUACACUGAAAAAUAUGAGAGAUAGAUAGAUAGAUAGAUAGAUAGAUAGAUAGAUAGAUAGAUAUGAUUAAAAUUUCUCAGCAUUUGGGUGCAGUAUACACUUUAUUUCUAUGCCAUUUUGACAGAUAUGCACAUUUUGGUCAAAUCCCCUGCACAAUGCAUUUUGCAUGUUAUUUUGCACAAUAUAUGCACACUUUCUACUACAUUGUGCAUUUGUGUACACGUCACCUGGUUUAGCUUUUCCUAAAGCAGUGUACACCAGAGUAGUUCAGUUGACUAGGAAAUUUAGGACAUAUUUCUAAAUAGUCAUGUGCCAUGAUCCCAGUCAUAGACAUGUCCACCUCACCUGCUGACUUCCAAGGAGUAUACGUGUAUGGAGGGCUGUAGCACCUGUGGCGCAUGCAAAAGGUGCCCAGUUCAAUCCCUGGCAUUGCCAAGUAGGCCUGUAUAGUGGACAAUACUGAGUUAGAUGGAACAAUGGUCCGAAUGACCAUAAAGCAGCUUCCCUAUAAUAGCACAUUCCUCUGAGUAGAGAAUGCUGGAGAGCCUGCAGUGUUACUCAUAUGCAAUGAGCUUUCAAAAUAAGGGGAGGGUUUUGUUUUGCUUUUUUACAGAGAAACGGAUGGCAAUGUGGAGUGAAUCUGAUGCCAUAGAUGUUGGUCCUUCCUUUGCCCAUCAGCUUAUUUCCUACUCAGCAGGUGCAUUUUUUGAAUGGCUGGCUGGGGGUGGGGGGAGCAGGGGCUCAACCACAGAAGAUAUGCCAAGCCACAACAGACAGACCACAUGUUGUGGCUUGCAUUCUUUCUGCAGUAAUGAUCAUGAUUGCCUUCUUUGAAAGCCGCAUAUUUUCAUUAGUCCCGACUUUGAGGGAAACCACCUUUUUCCAGUUAUUUCUCAGUUUGAUAGAUCGCCUUGGGCUCUUGCCUUUUUAGGGACAUUAAGGAAGCCGAUUAAUCUUCCUUAUUUAUCCCAUUAAGCCAGGCACAGGGGCUGCGUUAGCCAUUAUGCUGAGUAAGCGGCAGCUCAGGACUCCAGCCAAAUUAAAAUGCCUUUUGUGGCAUUUCGUUCUCCAGACAUUUUUCCAAAUGGAAGAGCAGUUUUCCUCCUUUUCACCAUGAUUCUAAGCAGGCUUAUUGAGAAGUAAAGGUUGCAGCCCACUGGGUGUUACUCAGAGUAGACCCACUGAAAUUAAUCAACCUACUCUGAGGAGGACUACUGUUGGAUAGAAGCCUAGGUUUGGCUGAGCACCAGUGAGACUUAGGGUAGAACCCUGUAUGUGUCUUAUUCCAAUGGGUUCUUACUCCCAGUUAGGAAUGGAAGGACUAGUCAACUUCAGUUUUAUCAAUCUCUCAUUUUUCCAAUCUUAAAUCCUGCUCUCUACAUUCCUGUAGGACAAGUGGUGCAGCAAUAAAACAGUUAGCACAUUUGCAAAGCUAAGCAGGGUCCUGCAAAUAUAGUUUGGUUGGAGAAUUUGAAUGAGAAUGAAUUUGAAUGACAAUGAAUGGCUGUGUUUCAGUUGUCAUAAUUGUUUUGGAAAGUGCAGAUUUGGGAGGUAAAGGUAAAGGGACCCCUGACCAUUAGAUCCAGUCGCGGACGACUCUGGGGUUGCAGCGCUCAUCUCGCUUUAUUGGCCGAGGGAGCCGGCAUACAGCUUCCGGGUCAUGUGGCCAGCAUGACUAAGCUGCUUCUGGCAAACCAGAGCAGCACACGGAAACGCCGUUUACCCUCCCGCCGGAGCGGUACCUAUUUAUCUACUUGCACUUUGACAUGCUUUUGAACUGCUAGGUGGGCAGGAGCAGGGACAGAGCAAUGGGAGCUCACCCCGUUACGGGGAUUUGAACCGCCGACCUUCUGAUCGGCAAGUCCUUGGCUCUGUGGUUUAACCCACAGCGCCACCCGCGUCCCUGCAGAUUUGGGAGACUCUGCUUUAAAUUAGCACCAAAACUAAUUUCUCCCCCAUCGCUAUUCCCAGGUACACGCAGGUAGAAUUGUAGCCUUGACUGUGCUCAGGACUGUAUCUCAAAAUUCCCUAAUGGAAAAACUGUCUGCGCCUUUGAGACUGACCAGUCAAUGUACACUUGAACCUCUCUCAGUCCUGUAUCUUCCUGUUAGGGUAUAGCAUACCAGUUGAAUUUCUGCCUGGCCUGCUGCUGCUAUUCAGAGCAAUAUAUUUUCUGUAACAUUUGUGUGUGAGUGACCCAGGAGAAAUCACCACAGAAGUUGCAACCUGAGGUGAUUAUUCCAACACCCAGCAACUUUGAACCACAUCUGCAUAGCAGAUCACAGCUACAACAACAUUUUUCUGGCUCCGUUCUGUACAGUGCUGCAGAGAGAACUCCCACUUAGUCAAUUCCAUAACCUCACUGGAAACUGGAGGUGUGACCAGACAUCCCUUAUGGUCCUCUGAGGAGGAGAAAUGAAGACGGUUCAACAUCUGCUCCUCAGCAGAGGAACCAGAAUGGCUCAAGUGUGCAAUUCAGCCCAUCUAGCUGACCCAGAAACAAAAUCGCAUGUCAGCAUUUGCAAUAUUGUAAAUCACAGUUAACAGCUAGAAAUAGUGUAAGAGAUACUAAACACAAAGAUCGGUCUAUAGCUAAGUGAUCCUCAGGAUACCUGUUGACACUCUGCUAUUCAUUUUUUUGGCGGGGGCAGACAGCGGACAGCUUUCAUCACCAAAAUGUAAAGUUUCUGGAAUACUGUUAUCUCAGCAUUUUUUAAAUAACAUGCAUACACGCAGACACAUGCCCACAGAUGGAUUUUUUAAAAUAAAAAAACCACCAUUGUAAGUAGUCAGCCAAGCCUUUAAUAAAUGUGGCAAUUGUAGAUUUCCACAGGUGCACAGCAGACAACAGUGGCUGAUGAUCCCUCUAUUCCUAUUUCGAAUUGCUUGAGGUUAUCCCCCUGCUCAUUUAAUCCCCAAUCAUAGAACUGUAGAAUUGCAAGGGACCUUGUGGGUCAUCUAGUCCAACCCCCUGCAAUGCAGGAAUCUCAACUCAAGGAUCCGUGACAGAUGAUCCUGUGAGGUGGGUUUGGCUGAGAGGCAGUGACUGGCCCCAAGGUCACCCAGUGAGCUUCAUGGCUGAGUUGGGAUUUGAACCCUGGUCUCCCAAUCCAUCCCCCUGCCCUCACCCUGUCAACUGCCUGCUGCAUAAAACUAUGAUGCGGAACCUGUGGUCCUCUGUAUGUAAUUGGACACCAACUCCCAUCAGCCCAACCGGCAUGGUGAAUGGUCAGGGAUGAUGGGAGUUGUAGUCUAACACGUGGAAGGCGAUAGGCUCCCCGCUCAGGCUGUAGGAUAUAAAGGCAAUCAAUUGUCUUCUGAACCAAAGAACUGCAAAGGUUGGGGUCUUCAUGUCAAUCACAUAUGUUAGAUACUUCAGAAGAGGCUAUAACCCUUGCUCCACUGGAGGCCCCUUUGCUGAACCCGAACUGAUGUUAGCACGCCUUUUGGGGAGCAGGGGCAUUGUGUGUUCAGACCCAGAAACCUCCCCCCUAAAUAAAUUCACAUUUGACUCAAAUUUUGGUUUGGCUUUUUUGGCAGAAUUUAGGCCACAAUUUUAUUGAUUACAGAAAGUGACUGGUUGCAUGGGCUCUGGUUCGACUAGCUCCCUGCCAUGCAGGUAGCGCUGACCCAGGGCACCAGCAUAGGUCAGCCAAGGGUGAACACCUGGAUAAGCAGAAAGCUGGGAAUGAGCUAACUCCGCCACCCAAAUGUCCCCCUGGACUCAGGCACGGGCAGAACCCCCUCUCAGGGGUUGACCAAACCAUCAAGUCCCUGGAUUCCUUUAAUGGAAUACCCUUCACAUAGGGAUGGUGAGAGCGUUCUCCCAUCUCUAUCACCUGAACCAGAGCCUAUCCGCAACCUUACAAGUUGUGAUGAUUUGCUACGCAGCAGGCGAAACCCAAAUGGCAACAGCCAGUCAGCGAAGUGGGGAAAAUUCCUGCCAUGCCCCUGUCCCAACAACAGAUGACACACGACGGCAUAUCAAGGUCAAGCGCAAAGCCCUAAAAUUAGGGAGAGGUGGGCGGGUGUUCCAAAUGCACGCUCCGAAAGAGGAAGCUCUGGGUCACAUGCAUGGGCAUAAAUAGGUCCCUCGAACUGUUUGGACUGCAUCCCAUUGGCCAGAUUGUACCCAACUUUGAGGGACCUACCAAUUGGGUGUUGUGGCUGACCAAUCGUACCCACCCACAACACAGGGUGUCGGUUUUCCAGGUCUCACCGCAAUACAUGCCCUCUUUAAGUGAGGACCCAAUUUGCAAAAACUGGAGUGAGCAUGUUAGAGAACAGCUAAGGAUUCUCCCCCCACCCACCCACCCACACACUCCCCCAGCAAAGCUGCAUGCAGAUUCUGGUGUGUGUGAAAGCUGACAGCACAGUAAUCUAGCUGGGAGGUCUCAUUUGCAUUUCUAAUCAUGUGUGCUGCUAAGUAGGUCCCAGGGGUGUUCAGGAGUUUCCCACACGGAAGUAGUCUUAGAAUUACAGCCGCUCUUUCUCAAAGACUCACCUCUGGGUGGCUAGUGCUCUUUGUUCUGGUCUGUGCCUCUACUAUUGCUAGUGAACUAAACCACCCACAUACCAGAUCGGCUGCAACAGAUAGCCCAUUGGGGAGGGGACGACUUAAUGACCCACCCACCCGCUCGCUCUCUGACGACACCUUUGGGGUCAGCAGAAUCCUUUCUCUGGGUCUGAGGGCAGGUGCAAGAACACGGGGUGGUCUUUUUACCACCCCCUGACCACACAGAGUUAAUAUAGCUAGAUUACAUUCAGGAGAUAGCAUAGGGGCUGGAGUAAUGGGCUUGGCAGGAAGAGAUCCAUAUUGAAAUCUCUGCUUGAUCAUAAUGAAGCUCAGUGGGUGGCCUUAGGCAAAUCCAUAAGGCUCUGCUUAAACCUGCCUGAGAGCUCCUAUAGAUUGUGAAACUAACACAGAGAUUGUAUCAUUAGCUUGCAUUACCAUUAUAUGGAGAUAUAUCAGGAGAUGAGAUUUGGGAUUAAUAAAACCAACAUAUGCUAUCCCAUAGAGCUGUUAUUAGUAUCCUAUCCAAUGAGGGAGGCAACACUGUCUGUAUCUAUCUAUCAAUCAAUCGCCACAUUUUUAAGUGUACUGCUAUUGAAAAGUUGCUGUUAAUGUACUUGCUGUUUGAUUAGGAAAAACUCAGGGAAAGGGGCAGAUCUUACACACACACACACACACACACACAUCAUUCCUGGAAACGCUAAGAUAAUGUUCAUGGUUCGAUCACAUACCAGGAAAGUCAGGUUACUCUGUUGUAGUUGAUGGCGAGGGUCUUGCACAACAAGCCUGCUUCCCCAGAUGAUCAGACUUUUUGUGAUAAUGACAGCAAAAGUGAAAGGCAGUGGAAAGCAUGGUGAAAGCACUUAGUGAUGACACAGUCUAGCCUAACCUCCCAGCAAACAAAUCAGAAUAAAUAUGUUCAUUAUAUAGCCAACAUCACCCUACUUGUCCCACAAACAAAUAAGGAUGAAUGCUCAAUAAACAGGCCAUCUUGAAGUGACCAUAGUCUAACCUCCUUGUCAUCUUAGUGCAAGCAAAUCAGGAUGAAUGCAAAAUAUAUCAUGGAGUUGGAAGGGACCUCAACAGUCUGCUCAAAACGCCUGCUGAUGCGGGGAAUCCUCUCCUACAGCAUCCAUGAUUAAGUGAUCAAAAAUCUCUAAUGAAGGAGAGUCUACCACCUUCUGGAGCAGUCUGUCUUGACUGCUGAACAGCUCAUACCCACCAUGUAAUGAUAGGAAUAUACUGCAUUGAGGUUUCUGAAGCUACAGUCCUAUACACUCUUUCCUGGGUCAGAUCCCAUUAAAUUCACUUAGACACACAUGCAUAGGAAGACGUUGAGUUAAAUAUAUUCCUUUGUUUGAUGUCAGCCUGCUUUGGAUGGAGCUGCUUCUAUUUCUAAUGGCUCUAGCUGUGCACAGCCACUGUUUGCUGUCCCAGGUGGAAGAAAACACCCAGAUGUGCAUUGUCCUGCUCUUUUGCUUGACCUUCCUGGAUUACAAUGCCCCAGAGCUAGUUCACAGCCAAGUCUUCCUAGAAGUAUCCAGCCAAGUUUCUUGUUAACUGGUCUUGACUCAUGGAGCUAAUGAAAGCAGCACCUCUCUUGUAAGCAAGCAGAGUGGGUUGGGAUUUCUAACCCAGAAACCAUUGAGUCCUGCUAUUGCUCUCCUGUAGCCUAUAAACUGCUUUCUUCUUGGGUCACUCAGCAAGCGAUCGUAUUAGGUUACUUAAUCCAGAAAAAAAUACAUGUGAUUGUGGGAUGUUGCCACCAACCAGGGGCAGCCAAUGCAAUGGUCUUCAGGUGUUGGAUUCAGCUCCCAUCAUCCCUGACCAUUGACCAUGCUGGCUGGAGCUGAUGUGUUCAACAACAUCUGCAAUCUGCUCCAUCGGCUCUUCUUGCCAGAGGCAUUCUACAGACUGUGCAGUCAGGCCCACAGAGCACAGCAUAGGCCGUAGUUCUUACAUGCAUCUAUAGAUCAUGUCAUUGCUGUACAAUGUAUGGCUCGCAGUUGAGUUUUGAUCUACAUCUGCAUGUGGGUUACCGCUGUGGGUUUUAACCUGUGAUGGCUCAUUCUGAUGGGCAAGUCACCGCUUGAAGCUGAGCAACAAAUUUGCACAUUUGACUCAGCCCCAAACAUGAAAUACACCUUGUGUGCACGUCUCUUGCACAAGUCCCAUUCAUUUCAAUAGUGCAUGCACCAAAGAACCUCUCCAUAGAUUGUGUCCAGAUUCAUUUGUCUGAAGGGCAGCACAAGGCCUCCCAAGACAUUUUGUUGCCUGAGGCAAAAGACAAGAUGGUGUAGUACCCACCAAUCCCAGAUACAGAAGCUGCUUGGACUAGCCAUUGACUCUUACCUCAGUGCUGGUGAUGGAAAAGUAUCCUCUGCUGCACCUGAGGAAGCAGGCUAGCUUAACAAAUAAUAAUAAUAAUAAUAAUAAUAAUAAUAAUAAUAAUAAUGCAGUGAUAUUGCUGUUGUUGAUGAUAAUACUUUUUUACUCUUACAACUCUGUUAACCACUCUGGGAACAUAAAUUUAUGUUGAAGGUGUGCGAUAUAAAUUUUGUAAGUAAACAAUAAACAACACCUCAGCCGCGAGUCCAUUCCACAUUCUUGUGACAGUACAGUAUGCGUCUCCUGAGGAAAAGUUACAAGGAGACGGGAGAGCAUUGUGGCUCAUUAUGGUCCCUCAUGUCUUUUGAACCUCUCCAAGUCCUGGCAAGUGGCAUCAGAGACUGACUCAGAGCUUUGUACUUUGUUCCAGGACAGCAUUUAUUCUUUUAAAAGCGGCGGGGGUCUAAGCAUCCCAGAACAUGAAAGGACUGAAAGAGAGGCGUGGGGUGUUUCUGCCAAGCUUUGAAAGCAUUAAUGCAGCAGGCCCCAAAAGCCACCUGAAAACCGCAGUGGGAGACUUGUAUGGCUUUGUUGAGGAAACAGAAUUUGUUUCUACAGAAUUCAUGAGCGUCUUACGUGGGCUGGAAGCAGAACAUGCAGUUUCCAUAUCACCUGUGCACAUAUUUCUUGCACACAUGUCCAGCAGUGGGGAAAUCAAUGUGAGACCACACAAGUAGAGUUACCACUGAGUUGGGUUUUGUUUUGUUUCUAAUGCAGGAUGCAACCAUGAAGAUGGCCAUUCAUCCAGCUGCACCGGAAGGAGAAAUGAAACAGCAAGGCACCCUUCAUGGACUGAGCUGGCAGAAGGGGUGGGGCAGAAAUCCAGCUCAGUUCCCGUUUAAAAGUAUACUUACUUAAUUCACACUUCAUGAAACAAUAUGAAGACCAAAACACAGCCAUUGUUUGGAUUCUCCAAAUUUUGAACUCCAGUCGAGUAAUGUGUACAAAAAAAUGCAUUUAUGAGGGUAAAACAUGCAUGCAAAUCUAUCUAUUGGUGAAAAUAACAUCAAAAAUGCAUUCUAUCAGAGAAAAAUGCUUGCAUAAAAAUGCAUAUAUUUUGAGAAAUCCAAACUUAAAAACGGUGAAUUUUCAUGAGGACUUAAAAACAAAUCAUGAACUGAUGGGAUUGGAAAAAUGAGACCCUGAGAGAAACUGAAAUGGACAGAUUUGCCCAUCGCUAGCUGAGACCAAACACACUUUGUCUUCUCCUCUCUCAGAACUGUCUCCUCAGGGGUGAUUCCACUUGGUAACAAAUAUGUAACAUGAUGUCAGGAUGAAUGGCACCCAAAUUGGCUGAUCUUCCUCUUCCUGAACACUUCCUUUUAUGCCCUGUCUCUUCCAUUGUAAGCCAUUAUUUUAACUUGUACACCACCUGCCCUAGACCUACAUUCCUUCCAAUAGGAGAUCAACCCAUCUGGGAACUGCAGUUUUCUUGUCAUGGCAAAGUGAGAGAUAUUCCCAGCUGUGGCUCAACUCAGGGCACCCAGAGUUCGUCUCCGGUUUUCAUAAUCCACUUCCUGCUUCCAUAACACUGUGAACAGCUUUCUUCCUUUAUGGGAGAUGGAAACAGGGGACCUUACAUAACCUUGAUGAGGGAAACAACUAGCCCAGUUCCCUUGCCAUAGCAAUUGUUUUCAAGUUGAUAAUCCAGGAAAUACAUGUCUUCUCUAUUUACUCAGAAAAGAAUUAAUGGCCCUCGGUUUUUUUGAUGGCAUCCUCCCACACCUCACUGUUGCACGGAAAGCAGACACAACCAGGCUGCUAGAGUACUUAGGCAGCGCUCUAUGACUUAAGCACUGUGUGCCAUGCGCGAUGGUUGCUAAUGAGACCUAAUAAUUCUCUCAUUGUUAUUCUAACACGGUGCAGCAGGACAAGUGAGCCUGUAAACAGAGAUCCAACAAAAAUAAAACCAUUAUAAUCACAGCCUGGGUUGUAAAUCACAGGCUAGGGUGUUCUGCUGUGGUUUGACUCCAAGCCAGGGAAUAGUCAAAUAAUCAAACUGCAGAUGGUAGGGCAGCAAAUCGACUUAUAUUUAAACAGUGGCAAGGCUCCAAACGACAGGCGGAAAAAUGCUUUGCACGAUACAGGAAUUCUCCCACCUCCCCACUUCUUGUUAACUAGGUCUAUAAAAUAACCAGACAUGUUAACCAAUAAUAGUGUUAUUCCUUGCAAGUGCGUGUGCCAACCCAGGUUCACGAGCUCGGCCGAUCCUGUUACAAGCACCGCUAAAGAGCUGCCAUACUAAUAAUAAUUAACAUUUCAUUUCCAGGCAACUGAAGGGGUUUCUUCCCUCCACCCUCUGGAAAGAUGAAUUCCUGGUGUGAGGAACAUCCAGGUGGUUUAGCAGUUUUACAAAAGGUAAAGGCAGAAUUCUAGCUUUGCCACAUUGUUUGUUUGUUUGUUUUUGGAUGUAUAUCCCACCUGUCCUCCCGAAGGAGCCCAGGGUGGCAAACGGAUGCAUAAUUUUAAAACAGAGCAAAGCAAAAACAUUAUAAAACACUUAAAACAUUCUAAAAACAAUUACAGUGAAAAACAUAUAAAAGCAGUUUCAGUUAAAAACAUUCUAAAAGCAGUCAACAGUGAUUCUGGGGUUGCCAGAAACAGUCACCAAAUGUCUGGGUAGGCAGGGUUUUUCCCCACAUUUCUCUGGAAAGUUAAUCAUGAUGGAGACAGGCGCAUUCCACUAGGGAAGGCAUCACAUCUGGAGAGCUAUCACUGAAAAGGCCCUGUGACAGGUGAAUGCCAACCUGGAAAAAUAUUAGAAUGCACAGUAGUUUUUUAAACCUCUAAAAGUUUAAAAAGAGAAGCAUUAUUUGGAUUUCCAUGAAUUACCCUAUGGUUGCCAGGGCAGCACAGGAAUUGACCCUCACAAAAUGGGUGGUAGCUGAACUGGACCUAGGAUUGCUUUAAAGACAUUUUUCUUUAAGAGUUCUCUACCUUUGUAAUAACAGUUUGGCAUAAUUUAGAGCCCUUCUCUGAUUUGGAACACUAGUCAGUGUUCUUUCUUAGAAGCUGGUAAUUUGUGGACCUGUCCAAAGGUCACAUAAGGCUGUUGGAGUAGACCAGGGGUCACCAACCUUUGGAGGCUUCUGGGCACCUUUGCAAACUGGAGGAGCAACAACCAUGCACACUCACUCUCCUCUCCCCCUGCCUCCCACUGGAAAUCGGGCUUGGGGAAAACCCUUCUGUUGUGAUGAACCUAGAAGGAACAGCAGCAGGACCAUGGCAAGGGCAAAGCUGUUCAGACACACCAGAAAGAGCUAACCUGGUGGUCCUUCCAGUACAUUUGUACAGCACCAAUUUAACUGCCAAAAUUUCCAGGUACUCUGCAGCAAUGCUAGCAACAAGAAGGUGGUACCACCCAACCAUGCUAUGCUGCUCUUGCUCUCUGGUCCAGUGUUCGAAAUUAGCCAGGCGCCAGGUCAUUUUGCACUUGGCUUUCAAUCUCUUGUGACCACGUGAAGAUGCCUGGGUACCAAGAUGGCGCCUGACAUCUUCCCAUAUCUGGGGAUCCUUGGAUCUGGACUGUUUUCCCACACUAGCAACACACCCUGUUGAAUUCUAUUGGUUGUAUUUUAUCUGCGCAAUCGGAAUGAAUUUCUGGAACCAAGUGGCUUUUUCUGUGCAGCCGGAGCAGGAGCAAAAGCGGUCACCAUUAAGAAAAAGAGGUUGGAACAGGACAAUAUAUAUAUGUCGACUGCCCCUGGAUCAAGUGACUUUUUUUCUUUUAGGUUCUCAAAACUCUUAACCUAGCUCAAGGUUGUCUUCUGAACCAGCCAGAUGUCUAAUGGAGAAUCAAUCACAGCCAUCAUUCGAGAAAGAAGUCUUUAGAGCCAUCUUGCCCCAAAAGGGCAACUAGAUGUUCCAUUUUGGCAACUGUAACCUUGGUUUAAAGAGCCAUUUGGGGCCUAGCUUAUUUAUCUGAAUUUCUAACACUGCUCCAGUCAUAGUCUAACACUCCAGCUACUACACCAUAUUGACACAUGUUAAAAGUACUUGGACCUCUUCCAUUGCACCUGAGACUAAAUUCCUUCCUCUGGAGACUGAGAAGCAUACAGCCCUGAAACCAUGGUUGAGGUCUAGAAUCCCAGAAACAUUAAGAUGGAGCUACUCGGGUAGAUCCUGUAUGGGGAAACAGCAGGUCUCACUUUAACAACAAAAGCAACCUUGUCUCCAUGCGUCAGAUUCAUGGGUUGGGAAAACCAGGCAGGAUGUUGAAUUGCACAGGGACCUUCAUAGGGCUCAGCACAGAUGUUCAUCAAAGAAUAGCAGUUUGGAAUCUCAAAGAGAAAAGUUGGUGCUUGCUGCUUCUUUAGAACCAGGAACUAUUUUGGUGUGUGUUUGGAUAUACCAGAAGCUUUUGCUCCUGCACAUAGCAGACCCUCCAAGUGUCUCUAUUUUCCAGGUACGUCCCUGAUUUAGAGAAGCCGUCCUAGUUUCUGAUUUGAUCCCAGAAUGUCCCACUUUUCCUUGGGAUUUCCCUAUUAUCAUUGGAGAAAUGCUGGAGGGUAUGGAGUUAUCCGACCUCCAAGUUGUGUGAAGAAAAUCCUGUAUAGGGAAGUUUGUUUAAUGUUUUAUUGUGUUUUUAUAUAUGUUAGAAGCUGCUGGGAGUGACUGGGGCAACCCAGUAAGAUGUGUGAGGUAUAAAUAGUAAAAUUAUCAUUAUGGAAUGGGACGUCCCUAUUUUCAUCGGAGAAAUGUUGGAGUGUAUGACAUUGAUGACAUUAGUAUGGAUAUUUCUCCUUCAGGGAAAAGAACCCUGUUUAUUUCUCUGCCAAUCAAAGGUAAACGAAAUGGAUGGACUGCCUUGGCUCUGUUGAGCAUGCCUCUCCAAACUGUCAUGUAAGGUGAUAGGGGAGUUGUGAAACACAGGGAUCAAACACAUACAUGCUUAGAACUGCCAUAAAGGAAUCUCUUUAAGCAUUUUAUACCUUCACUCCCUUCCCCACCUUUCCCCAGCUCCCAGCAAUAUUUAGAGACUUCCUGUCAGUCAAUCUGUGGUUUAAAAGGAAGCAACCCCCACCCCCACCCUUUCAGCAAGCAAACAUCAUGUAAACACUUUCCCUUAAAGCUUUAACUAGUAAAAGCCUGAGGACCAUACGAGCAAUUUCUUCAUUUUUGUUUAAAAGAGAGACAGAGAGAAACUUGUGUUUUUGAUUUAGAGAAGCCAAUGUAAAAAAAAAAAAAAACACACACACACACACAAAAAUACCGACUCCCAGAUUGAGCUGCAAAUUAUAAUUCUUGAAACAUGUUCUAAACAAAAUAAUCAUUUUGCUAAAAAGCCAGGGUUUUGCUAAAAUCCUGAAGAACUGAUGUUAAUUGUGUCACAACCUGUUUCUGGAAAGAGGAGCUGAUAAACAAAAGGAAGGAAGGAAGGAAGGAAGGAAGGAAGGAAGGAAGGAAGGAAGGAAGGAAGGAAGGAAGGAUCAGUCUAUUUAUUUACCCAGCCUUCAUCAACACAGACACUGAGGUAUAAAUAAAAAGGAAGGAAUUACACCACAUUCAGUUUUAGCAAGUACAGUGGUACUUUGGGUUAAGUACUUAAUUUGUUCCGGAGGUCUGUUCUUAACCUGAAACUGUUCUUAACCUGAAGCACCACUUUAGCUAAUGGGGCCUCCUGCUGCCGCUGCGCCGCUGGAGCCCGAUUUCUGUUCUUAUCCUGAAGCAAAGUUCUUAACCUGAAGCACUAUUUCUGGGUUAGCGAAGUGUGUAACCUGAAGCGUAUGUAACCCAAGGUACCACUGUAGAGGGGUAUGGUGUCUACUGGCUCAUCAGUUACAAUUUGAUCCAUAUGCUCACACUUAGUUAACCUUAUGGGAUUGUCCAGAUUUGAAUAUGUACAGGGGCAGAGUUUCUUGUGGAAGAAAUUGGUGGAACAUGGGAUAUAUACAUUAGAUCGAUGUUUACAGAAAUGCGUACGUUAGAAGAAAGUGUGCAUUAAAAUGAAUAUAUUAGUGAAAAUAGCAUGUAAAAAAUAAAUUACAUUGAGAAAAUUUGCUUGCAAAAAUGUGAGCAAAGGAAGCUUCCUUGGAUUUCAGAUCAGAUAGAGAAGUAAGGUAAAUAAAAAAUAAAAAACCUUAUCACUUGAUAGUACCAUACUGAUACCUGAAUUACCAAGUGGUAAUCUGAAUAUUAGCAGAGACAUCACCUUGCCUUGCCAACAAAGGUCCGUAUAGUUAAAGCUAUGGUUUUCCCAGUAGUGAUGUAUGGAAGUGAGAGCUGGACCAUAAAGAAGGCUGAUCCCUGAAGAAUUGAUGCUUUUGAAUUAUGGUGCUGGAGGAGACUCUUGAGAGUCCCAUGGACUGCAAGAAGAUCAAACCUAUCCAUUCUGAAGGAAAUCAGCCCUGAGUGCUCACUGGAAGGACAGAUCCUGAAGCUGAGGCUCCAAUACUUUGGCCACCUCAUGAGAAGAGAAGACUCCCUGGAAAAGACCCUGAUGUUGGGAAAGAUCAAGAAGAAGAGGACGACAGAGGACGAGAUGGUUGGAUAGUGUUCUCGAAGCUACCAGCAUGAGUUUGACCAAACUGCGGGAGGCAGUGGAAGACAGGAGUGCCUGGUGUGCUCUGGUCCAUGGGGUCACGAAAAGUCAGACACGACUAAACAACAACAAUCAGAAUAUUGUGGUAAAUUACCACUUGGCAAAUCCAUUCUGCCAGAAUCCAUGGCCAUCAGGGGUUUAGGGAAGCACUUCUAGUUCAUUUACUGGACAGCCUUGAAGCCUGGCAUCUAUUCCCCCCCCCCCCCUUGCCCAAUGAAGCCCUGGGCACUCCUGCCCCAAGUGCGGAAGCUGCUGUCUGGACAAGUCCUUAUUCCUGCUUCCUUUAAGAGGGACAUUAUGUUCCAUACAAGAUGGUAAACUCCCCGAGUUAUUUAAAAACAAAAAACCUCUCCAAUAUAACAUUAGACGGAAGCAAACUUUACACAGGAAAGCAUAGAUUUUAAAUUAUUACACUGGCUUGUACACUUCCAGUAUUUCCUCUCUGCUGGAUUGAAACUGACACAUGUUCUCCAGCCUUUUUUUUUUUUUUUUUUUUAAGAACACCAUUCUUUCAGCCUUAGAUUUAUGGUAAAUCAGUGUUGCUCAGAGGAAACUAGUAGAGAAACCUCUGUUUCCUUUGAUGCAUUCCUAAGUCUCUUACUUGGAGAACAAAAUUGGUCUGGUAUGUGAUUCAAGCCAGCUUCCUCUGGUUGCCAGCCAAAAGAUAAAAGCAGCACAACCUUGCAUCGUUGAGAUGUUGUGCUUUAUGUUACAAGAUGAAGGCCAUUUUUCUUGCUGCCCUGUGUACAGUCAUUAGAUCAAAAUUAAUUGGAAUCUCUUAUCAGGCACAAAAGUGAGGAAGAAUCUCUGGCUUCCACAUUUGUGUUCUGUGGUGCCAAAUCAAAGAGUAUCAAUGAGCUGUUGGACCUGGAAAGUCUUCGGGCCACUCUUUUUCUCUCAGCCUAUCCUACUGUCAGGGACACGGGGGGUGCUGUGGGUUAAACCACAGAGCCUAGGACUUGCCGAUCAGAAGGUCAGCGGUUCGAAUCCCCGCAACGGGGUGAGCUCCCGUUGCUCGGUCCCUGCUCCUGCCCACCUAGCAGUUCGAAAGCACGUCAAAGUGCAAGUAGAUAAAUAGGUACCACUCCAGCGGGAAGCUAAACGGUGUUUCCGUGUGCUGCUCUGGUUCGCCAGAAGCAGCUUAGUCAUGCUGGCCACAUGACCCGGAAGCUGUACAAUGGUUCCCUCGGCCAAUAAAGCGAGAUGAGCGCCGCAACCCCAGAGUCAGCCAUGACUGGACCUAAUGGUCAGGGGUCCCUUUACCUUUAGUAUCCUACUGUCAGAAGGAAUCUGUGUGUAGGGCCCACAUGUGGUGAACCACUGAACUGCAGGUGGCAGCCUUCUCAGUGGUUCCUGGUUUGUUUCCAGGCCCAAUCCAGGUUUCAUUUUAUUUAUAUCCCACAUUUUUAAUGACUGCAAUAGUAGCAAACAAUACGAAUUAGACCAUGGCAAUAAAAUCUAAAACCAUGCAAUAAAAUGUAAGUGGUUUUGAUCUCCAAAGCCAGUUUUGAAAUAUUAGACUAAGCUGUCUGGUCUGGUCUGGUCUGGUCUGGUCUUGGAGCCCACUAGGCAAGGCUGGUCUUGUUCCAGCACCAAGGAUAGCUCCUGGUGAGCCGCUUGCUCUGACAAAGGUUGGAAGUGAACAGAUGCUCUUUGAGCUUUUGUCACCACUCCUACAUUCUGUCCCUUUUGGAGAACUAGUCUCUUAAAGUGUUGGCCUGAAGACAAGCAUCAUCAAGCAUCCAAGACAGGGAAAUCUAGACAUAAUUGCUGAGGAUCCAUCUUAUUAUUGCCAUUUCCCUCAAAUUGUUAAAAUUGCAUGGUUGUCCAUGUGGAAUAAUUUCAAACAAAUGACUUCAGGGCUGCACCUAAGCAACUAGAAAUUAUGCCUUGGCCGCAGAACAAAUGUCAGUAACCCAAACCUACAAGAGAAUAGAAGCUGACUGGUUCUGUGUAUUGACAACUUCCAUAUAUAACGAUGUGGGUUUGGCUUCUAAAACAAGUUAACCACUGCAACACGGUCUUCUGACAAUACAAGAGAUAGUUCAGAAAAAGUAUAUUUUAGGCACGUUCUUUAAGUAGAUAGCGAAAAGAGGGAGGAGGGAGGCCUGAUGCAUCAGACUUAACAGAUUUAUUGUGGCAAAUGUUUCUGUGGCUUUCGUCCAGGAAGGUUGAUGCCGCUAUAAAUCUGAUAAAUCUUUACAGUAACACAAUAUUUUUUUCCUGUGUUUGUUGUAAUAGACUAACUCGGCUACAUUUCUGGAAUCCGUUGAUUAAGUACAUACUUACUCAGCAAGUGCAAGAAGCAAAGAAUCCCAGUUAUGGUGCCAUGUCUUCUGUUUAUCUCCUAUGCGGAAGGCCUUCAAUCUUCUGCUGUCAUUGCAAUUACAGAUGAGUAUGUUUUCUGAAUAUGAUUUAGCUCUGUAACUUAGGCUGAAAUGCCAACCCACAUAUCUGUGAGUAGACCUUGUUGAAUUCAGUGGGAUUUGCUUCUAAGCAGACAUGGUUAGGACUGCAGUCAUAUGCACAUCCAAACAUUCUCAGUAAUUAGUGUGCUUCUCCUUAAGCCAGCAGACUUAAGGGAGGAACAACAUUGCAGAGGCAGAGAAGGUGAAGUCAUGUUGCAUCUGCUGGCAUGGCAUCUUACCCAUUAUGUCUUAUGAUGAAUGUAUACAGCAUUAUUUGAGUUUUCUCUUUUUUAUUAUUUUUUUAUUGGUUUUAAUAUAAGCAAGAAUAAACAGAAGCAGCUAUCCCUUUCUGCCACAUCCUUGUUAAGAAAAAGAAACAUUUCUCCCAAGGUGGGCAUGCAUAGCUAGUGGAUGCCUGUUCUCUGUGUCAUCAAUAGAAAAGGAUGUGAAUGGAUCCUAAAUUUCAAUAACAUUGUCUGAGUCCUGGGUGUUAUUUAACACCUUUAUGGGUUUAGUCAAUUUCUCCAUCAAGGCUGUCGUCCAGACCUUUUGCCUCCUCUGUGUGAGAUGAAGAUGGCCCAAACUUUUCCAGUUCUGUGGAGCUGUCUGGCCACUGCCAGUAGGAAUGUUAUGAGUCCUUUAUGCUGUAAGUCAGGUGUAGGCAACCUAAGGCCCAGGGGCCGGAUGUAGCCCAUUGCCUUCUCAAUCCAGCCCGUGGACAGUCCGGGAAUCAGCGUGUUUUUACAUGAGUAGAAUGUGUCCUUUUAUUUAAAAUGCAUCCCUGGGUUAUUUGUGGGGCAUAGGAAUUCAUUCAUUCUUAUUUUUUUUUCAAAAUAUAGUCCGGCCCACCACAUGGUCUGAGGGAUAGUCGACCGGCACAUGGCUGAAAAUGGUUGCUGACCCCUGCUGUAAGUCAUAGAAUAAUAGAAUCUUAGAGUUGGAAGGGACCCAAUGGUCAUCUAGUCCAACCCCCUGCAACACAGAUAUCUCAGCUAAAGCAUCCAUGACAGACGGCCAUCUAACCUCUGCUUAAAAACCUCCAAGAAAGGAGAGUCCACAACCUUCUGAGGGAGACAGUUCCACUGUCAAACAGCUCUUACUGUCUGAAAGUUUUUCCAUACGUUUAGUCAGAAUCUCCUUCUGCUCCUCAUGGGAAAUGUUCAACAUAGCUAACUGUGGUAAGCUUUGAACUAUUAGUUGUAUUAUAAGACUUACAUUAUAUUCUAAAUAUUAUAUUCCAAAAUUCCUCUAUUCUAUCCCAAGUCCACUACAUAUGAUACAUAGUACCCCCUCCAACAGAGAGGAGAGGAGGCUGAAUUGAUCUGGUUACAUCCCAGAGCUGUAAGGUGCCAUUUUAGGCAACAAGUUAACGAUACUUUCUUGAAUUUUAAUUGAUGAAUCAAUUUUUCUCAAUUGAGUUAGUGGAUGUAACCAGCAAUUCUGAAUGUGAUAUAUAUUUAAUACUAAACUUCUAAAACUUAAAAGAAGAAAAUGGCGUGUGACCAUCCUUUUCUGGGUGCUGCAUUCAUUUAUGUAUUUCAGAUACCCCACAGGCACAGGAAAUACCUGAUGAGGAAGAGAAAACUCAGCAGCAGCAGCAGAGGCGCACCAGCAGCAACGCAAACUACGAGAGGCCAGCCAUGGAUAACUGAAUGAGAGCAGCGCCUCAGCUGCAUUCACUGACAGGCAUUGAAGGGAAGGAAGAGGUCACAAAGCUCAGCAGGGGGCAGAUGGUGUGGCUGAGGGAAUAGGAAAUUUAGGAAAGCUUGCCAGAAUCUAAAGGGUGAGGGGGCUAAGCAGUGAGAUUUGGGAACCCCAGGUUCGGGGCAGGUGGAAUGGCACACAUGCAGAUAAAUACGUUUUUUGUUCGAGAUACGAAAAUACUAAUGAGUAUCUCUACUCUAGGAAGCCACAUUUGAAAAUGUUGUUUGAUAACUGGUUAAAAAUCCCCACAAAAAAACCUAAACUCCGCCUGUCUUUGAAAUCACUGUCUGCAAUAACAUCUAAAAAAAAAAUAAGUGGGGCAGAGGGUGUUGGGUGGGUUUUUCUUCUUCCAAUUCACCCCGCUGCAACUACCAAAGCAAACUGAGAUGACCUUUAAACAAUCGUUUGCUUUUGCUCCACUGGAUCCAAACAAAAGCUUUCUAUUUCAUAUGCAAGCCUAUGCAGCUGUAGAUAUUUCUAUGGGGAAAGGUUAAGACAUUUAGUGACCUUUGCAAUGGAUGACCUAAUUGAAGAAUCACCACAGACCACAGCCUCUUCCUUUCUUUCUCUCUCUCUCUCUCUCUCUUUUUUUUUUUUUUUUGGUUAUUCCAGAGAAGGAACCAAAAGGCAGCCCAACUCGCAAAAUGGUAGCUUUGUGGAAAUUACUGGGAUGCACUGAGCAGCUCUGGACUAUUUAAUUAACAAAAUCUAGUCAUUAAUUAAAGUAAUUGCACAAUGUAAGCCUUGGGCGUGUUCAUUGCAAAGCUGAUCAACUUAAGGUAAGCACAAUCUUGGUCAAUCCAUCUUUCUUUUUAGAGGAUAUUUGCCUUGGAAGAAACCAACAAGGUAAUUUACAGGCACCCACCCUACCAUUCUGCUUUCUGGGAAUUGCAUCUCUGUGGGCAAUGGCUUAGGAAUCUCAGUGGCCUCCCACACAGAAACUACCCAGCUUCUUUGGGGUGUGGGAUGAGAAAGGGCACCAUAUUUCAAAAGGACUGUAGGUCUGUGGUAAAAGUGUAAUACACACAGACACACAUACCCAUUGGAAGCAUAAGCUGUUCAGUUGCAUGGAUUUGUCACCAAGUUCACAAUUUAGUUCUGUGUUCCUGAUAAUAAUGUGGUAGAUCUUCAGCUAGGCUCAGUGUCAGGGACUGGAAUUGUUGGGUAGCUACCAAGGGUCUCCAGAAGAGCCAACAGCUGACCCCAAAUGGUGGUCACAUCUGUUUAGACAUGGAGUUGUUCUCAGUGCCACUGUUUGUCUUCUCCAGGCAAUGGCAGCUGCCAUUUUAAUUUCCCCACAACGCAAUUUAAGCCCCGCCCGGAGUAUCAUAUUGGAGCAAUGCUACAUUGAAACCCUGAGCAUUGUAGCAAGAUUAGCUGAUGGGUACCUCUACCUGAAACCCAAUGUUAGUCAGAAUGGACAAUAUCAGGUGAGAUGGACCCAUAGUCUGACCCAGGGGUAGGCAAUCUAAGGCUCGGGGGCCGGAUGCGGCCCAAUCGCCUUCUCAAUCUGGCCCAUGGAUGGUACGGGAAUCAGCGUGUAUUUUACAUGAGUAGAAUGUGUUCUUUUAUUUAAAAUGCAUCUCUGAGUUAUUUGUGGGGCCUGCCUGGUGUUUUUACAUGAGUAGAAUGUGUGCUUUUAUUUAAACGCAUCUCUGGGUUAUUUGUGGGGCAUAGGAAUUCGUUCAUUUCCCCCCCAAAAUAUAUAUAUAUAUAUAUAUAUAUAUAUAUAUAUAUAUAUAUAGUCCAGCCCACCACAUGGUCUGUGGGACGGUGGACCGGCCCAUGGCUGAAAAAGGUUACUGGCCCCUCUGACCUGAUACAGCAGCUUCCUAAGGCCCUCCCAUCACACAGCUAUCCUACCUUGGGUAUAUUUAUUGCAUUAUAGAAAACCAUUCCAAGAGUUAAAUCAACCAACCGUGGUCCCCAUUUUGGAUCAAAGUUCUGCUCUUUUACUGUAUAAAAUGUGAAUUGUGAAGAAUGAAAUCUUCCAUAUAUCCAGUAUUUGUUGGCAGAAAUGACAGAAGUAGUGUAGUUAUAGGUAAAAACUACCACUGGACAGUAGUUCAGUGGUAGAGCAACUGCUUUCCAGGCAAAAGGUAUCCCUGGUAUCUCUAGAUAGGGCUAGAGAUGUCAAGGCCUGGUGGGGGAGGAGAGACUGGAAAAAAUGGGGGGAAAUGUAAAGGUAAAGGACCCCUGACAGCUAAGUCCAGUUGUGAACGACUCUGGGGUUGCGGUGCUCAUCUCGCUUUACUGGCCGAAGGACCCGACGUUUGUCCAUAGAUAGUUUUUCCGGGUCAUGUGGCCAGCAUGACUAAGCCGUUUCUGGCGAAACUAGAGCAGUGCACAGAAACACCGUUUACCUUCCCGCUGGAGUGGUACCUACCUAUUUAUCUACUUGCACUUUGAUGUGCUUUCGAACUGCUAGGUUGGCAGCAGCUGGGACAGAGCAACUGGAGCUCACCCCGUCGCGGGGAUUCAAACCGCCGACCUUCCGAUCGGCAAGCCCUAGGCUCAGUGGUUUAGACCACAGCGCCACCCGCGUCACUAAAAAAAAGGAGGGUUUUCCCCCCAAUUUUCCCCUGACCUUCACAACUCUCGGUAGGACUGGGAAAUAAUUCUGUCUGAAACUCUGGACAGCCAUUGCUAAGUCAGUGUAGCCAAUACUGAGCUGCAUAGACCAACAGUCUGACUUGGUAUAACGCAGCUUCUUGUGUUGAAACAUAAUUCUUAGAUUUUUUGCUGUUUUCUUCAGUUUCUCAGGAAAAUAAAUAUGUAAAAGCUAGACUGGAUUGAAUGUAAAUUCAAUUUAAAAAUGGCUCACUUCUCAUGCCUGUACAGCAUUAACAAAUAAUGCAUGCCAAACAAAGGGACAUUCUAAAUCACACUUUUGUAAAAUACGAAGUCUUUCCCCAGUUUAGCAGGCGGUGUGACAGUAGCUCCCUUCCUCCAUUUUGUCCCAAGAGUUGAUCCCCCCAGAGCCCAAAUUCAUGGUCUUUUCAAUAAUUUGAGAUUAACUCACUCUUUCUUUGUCCUGAGUUUUCUGCAAUUGCUGUGAACAGAGCGUUUCAUUACUUUUUGCCUCCUGCCAUUUGCAAAAAGAAUGUAUGUGUGUGGCAGGGAGAUUCUAUUUUUGCAUGCAGGAGAGCAAGGUUUCCGGAUGCUCGUCCGCCUCUCUUGUCAGCAUUUAGGCAGGCAGCAGAGCGAAGUCUUGUCUUCCUGCUGUGUUAAUAAGCACUGUCCCCUCCCAGACAUAGCUAUGGGUUUGUAGAGGCUCAGAGUCCCUGCUGCGUUAAUAAGCAGUAUCCCAUUCUGCACAAAAUACACAGAGUGCAUUUUUGAAUGUACGUUCUGUAAUUUUCUGUCGUCACCAGAGACUCACACGGAUGUUGCAGGCCUGCCUUAAGAUGAGGGCAGUAUCUGCUGCUAGAAAACACAAUGGGCUGCCUUAAAAAAAAAAAAAUUGAAGUGUGUUAGGCCAAAUGUGAUUAAAAGUUGCUAAGCCUAAAUUAAAAAUGAGGAAUGUGGCCAAAAAGAGACACAGGGCCUGUAAGGGAAAGGCUCGUUGGUUUUACAAGGCCCCAUGCAACUUAAAAUGAAUGUAAUAGAUGUCAGAUGCAGCUUUCAGAUGCCAGAGCUGUCUGAAGGCAGUGAAACCCACCUUAAGUGAAGAGGCGCCCAUUUUGGAUACUUUUUGAAAGUCACUUUUAUGACAUGAAAUCUGCAAUCCUAAGCAUUCUUAGUGGCAAGUAAUUUCACCAAAAUUAAGAGAACACACUUAAGACCGGGAUGCAAAUGAGUCAGUGUAGCCCAGCAGCCCGGGUGUUGAGGGAGGCCCACAGCAUAAAUUGCAAUCCUUGGCUACAUUAUAGUUACUAUGGCUCUGUCCAACUUACAUGACCUGGUUGUUCCAAGGGUCAAGUAAGAUAAGCUUUGAGUUCAGUGGAGAAAAUGAUGG